AUGCAUCAGGCAGGCACCUGGGCCAGCAGAAGCCAACUUCAGCUGCUUGGUAAGCAUAACCACCGACUUCAGUGGAACCAGGAUGAAUGCUCUGGCCUCCUGUUUGCUUUGGAUUCUAGCUGAAAUAAUGCCAGUUUCUCCUUUCUUCUUCUCAUCCAGAUGUUCCCUCUCUCCUUUCCCACCUGCCGCAUUCAUUCCCUCCCUCUCUGAACUCUUCUUUCCCCCAUUCCCUGUUUUUCUACUUCCUUUCCCUCCUGUCUCCUUGUCCUCCUCCCCUUUCCUCUUUCCCUUCCAUUCUCCUUGCUGCACCUAUACCUUUCUCUUCUCUCAGUUUUCCCUAACUAGAGAGAAAGGUUUUGCCAACAUAAUGGAUGCUUAAAGGCUACUGAUUGCUUACAAAAGAGGUAAUGCAAUGACUUCCACUGGAAAAGCUUCUCUUGGCACAGUUGCAGUGGAAACUCAAAAGGCAAUGGGACCAAUGUUUUCGUAAGGAAGAAUGGAAGUGGUGAUUCAUUAUCAGCAGUGGUCAACUUGGGGCUUUCAAAUUUCAGCAGCAAUGCCGAAAUUCAGCGCUUCUUGCACUCCAUUCUGAGUCCUUGUUGUGGUGCCCUCUGUAGCACUCAGUGCAGCCAAACUGGUCAUGCACCUCUGCUCUCAGAUUAGAUUUGGCUGCGUUGUCAAGUGAUGCAAACAGUGCAUGUUCAGGAAGCUGCAAGCCUUAGAUCAAGGAUGAGGAAACUAUGCCCCUCCCGAUAUUGUUGGACUCCAGCUUCCAUCAGCCCUAGCCAGCAUGACCAAUAAUUGUGGAGGAUGGGCGUUGUAGUCCAUCAACAUCAAGAGGGACACAGGUUCCCAAACCAAGCCUUGGAGCAUUAUCAGAAACAUGAUUUUUCAAUCUAUGGCAGUGCUUCCCAAACCGUGGUCCCUGAGCUUCAUUCAGGUGGUCCAUGGCAUGUUCACAUUAAAUAUUCAUAGUGAUUCUCAAAUGUAUUUUUCACUCCUUUAUUUCUUUUAUUGACUUUAAUUGUAUUACAAUUUGAAUUCAUUGGAACUGGGAGGUAAUCAGAGUCCUUAGGGCAUGGAGUUCUACAUGCAAGCUGCCACCACAGAGGUCAGAUCCACACCAUACAUUUAAAACACAUGACUUAACCCAAAGAAGAAGGGACGCGAGUGGCGCUGUGGUCUAAACCACUGAGCCUAGGGCUUGCCGAUCAGAAGGUCAGCGGUUCGAAUCCCCGAGACGGGGUGAACUCCCAUUGUUCGGUCCCUGCUCCUGCCCACCUAGCAGUUCAAAAGCAUGUCAAAGUGCAAGUAGAUAAAUAGGUACCACUCUGGUGGGAAGGUAAACGGCGUUCCCUUGUUCUGCUCUGGUUCUCCAGAAGCGGCUUAGUCAUGCUGGCCACCUGAUCCAGAAGCUGUCUGUGGACAAACGCCGGCUCCCUCGGCCUAUAGAGUGAGAUGAGCGCCGCAACCCCAGAGUCGUCCACGACUGGACCUAACGGUCCAGGGUACCUUUACCUUUGCCUUUUACCCCAAAGAAACCUAGGAACUAUAGUUUGUUAAGGGUGCUGGGAAUUGUGGGGGGUAAACUACAAUUAAAUGAUUCCUUGAAGGGGUGGGAAAUGUGUUUUAAAUGUGUGGUGUCUACACAGUUGUUGAAGGGUGAUGUAAGACCUAAUGUGUAUUGCUAUUAACCUUAUUACUGUUUGGGGGAAAACCCAUGUGAAAUUCUAAUGGACUCCAGUGGAACUCUAGUGCAGAGUUAAAAUAUCACAUGUCUUUUGUUACAAGGGAGAAAGCAGACAAUCUCCAGUCUCCUAGUUUAUCCAUCCCAUUCUCUCCAACAUUUGUUCCAAUGCACUUGCCUGCAGGGCUGACAAAAUGUCUCCGCCAUGCCAAUAUAUAUAUAUGAUUUCUUACGGGCUUAGCAGCUGGAACAUGAGCUGUUACACUCUUAUCUUCUGAUCUACUUUAGCCUGUCUUAGGACUGGGCUUGGGACUCUCAGUUUGCUUGGUUCAUUUUCAUGAGAGGACAUUUGCACAAGGUCACAUAUGCUGAACUCUGGUAAAAGUGUUGAGGUUUGAUUGAUGCUUCCUUGCACAAUGCAACCCAAAGUAUUUUUACCAAGAAAAUUUCAUGGAGUACAGUGUAAAAUAUUCCUAUCCAUGUAUGCUUGGAACUGUGGUCAACAUCUCUUUUGCACGUAGUACAAACCAAAAUCUCAUCCAAACUUAAGAACCCAACAAAAUUAGUGCAGCUAAAACAUAAUUUCACUGAGGUCUUUGCUCCUCUUAUUGUAUGUUCUAAAUCAAAAUUCAACCCAGAUCUGUGUAUACUUCCCUGGAAGUAAAUCUCAUAGAAUACAAUGGUGCUUCCUUCCCAGUAAAUGUGCAUACGGCUACAGCCUUAACCUUCAGGAGAAAAUACGCAACGUGCUUUCCAGAGAGGUUGCUAUCAGUCCAAAUCUCCCUAACGCGCUCCAAGAUCAAACUACUUUUGCAAGUUUAAAGCAGACAUUGGUUGUGCUGCUGGCUGGCUGGCUGGCCUCGCAUGAUAAUAUCAGGAAAGCCUGUCAACUCUCUGGAGCAGUUUUGCACUAACAUUCCCCUUUUUAAAAAUUAAGAAGAGAUAAAUGAAUGGAUAGAUGCAGAAACACUCUUGUGUUGUUUUUAGAGGGGCAGUCUUCAACUCACUUUUACUCAGACUAUACCCAUUGGAAUGAAUGGACCUAGCUUAGUCAUGUUCAUUAGUUUUGAUGGCUUUACUCUGAGUAAAAUGAGUAGACAAUCACCCAUGAUAUCUAUAAAAAUAGGGAUGGAUGGGGAAGCUGUGACCCUCCAGAUACUGUGGGACUUCAACUUCCACCAACCCUAAUCCUUGACCAUGCUGGCUGGGGACUGAUGAGACUUGGAGUCCAACAAUAUCUGGAGGACCACCGGCUCUCCAUCCCUCUCUUAUAGGCAGGCCUGAUGUGCAACUGAGCCAGCAAUCAAUUUCCUGGCAUGUACUUGGUUCAUGUGCAAAGUUGGGGAUGAUCUUGCAAGCUGAGCUCUGAGCUCUCUUUAUACAAUGCAGAACUUCAGUCUUCCUCUGGUAGGCUGCUCUCUCUAUGCCUGGAGCAACGGCCCCUUCAUUUUUCCUCAAUCCAGUUUCUCUCCUCUCUUUGGGUCUUUGUUUACAACUCUUUUAGAAGUAUUUCUUGAAUAAUUUUAACUCCUUAUCUCCUUUCUGGCCCAUCUACACAUUGUCAGGAUUUUUGCUCCCCACUCUUACCUGCCACAGCUUUGUCUAAUGUGGGUUAAACAAAUUCUCAGAGAAGGAGCUCAUUGCUAUGUUCUGCACAUAGCCUAUGGCACCUCCUUCGUUUGUCUGCUUUGCUAGAAAGUUGACGUCCACCAACUGGAGCCAGGUGCCAAACAGUGACUCAGGUGGGUGGACAUAAGCUAGGAAUUAAGGAAGAGGGUGCUUCUGAGCACAUGCUCAGACCAUUUAUAAUAAUAAUAAUAAUAAAUAAUUUUUUAUUUAUACCCCGCCCUUCCUGGUUCAGGAAACUGAGCUCAGGGCGGCUAACAACAAAUCUAAAACACUUAAUUAGAGUGGUACCUUGGGUUACAUACGCUUCAGGUUACAUAUGCUUCAGGUUACAGACUCCGCUAACCCAGAAAUAAUGCUUCAGGUUAAGAACUUUGCUUCAGGAUGAGAACAGAAACCGUGCUCCGGCGGCGCUGCUGCAGCAGGAGGCCCCAUUAGCUAAAGUGGUGCUUCAGGUUAAGAACAGUUUCAGGUUAUGAAUGGACCUCCGGAACGAAUUAAGUACUUAACCCGAGGUACCACUGUAAUGCUACAAAAAAGCAGCAUAAAAUACGUAAAUUAUCAGUAUGCACAAAAGCCCUUUCACACAUAAAUCAACAUCUGUCUUUCCCAGCCCCCAAACCACUUUUAUUUGAUAAAGCAAAUUCUGCACACACUGUACAUUUAAAGCACAUGGCUUCUCUCCCCCUUGCAAAAUUCUGGGAACUGUAGCUUACCCAGCACCCUUAACCAACCACAGUUCCCAGGAGUCUUUAAAGGAUGUCGUGUGGUUUGAAUGUAUGGUGUGUAUGCAGCCUUAAUUUGGGGAAGGGGAAACUUUUUGGUCGUUGCAAUUAUUACAGUGCCUGAAUUAUAAACGUUUGCCGAUUUCCUGCAAAUCACUCAUGAUCUCGCUUCUGCCCACCCUUGCUGCACAUCAUCUAGCACACUGGUGCUGCUGAAAUAUAGGUGCUCAAGAGUAACAGAACAGGACCAGCAGCUGUUCGGCUUACCAAUCUGAAGAGCCUUCAUAAAAAAGUAUCACCUUCUUGGCAUGUUGUCAAAGUUGAAGGUUUCAAAGCCAGACAGCAAUAAAACCAAGCAGGUUUUGCAGUUAUUGCGGUAUAAUGAGCUGUUGUCUUGUGUGCACAUGUGCUCUAAGCAUCACAUGCAAACGUUGGUUACUACCGUGUUGUACUCUCACAUGUACAUGGGUGUGUGAGUGGGUGUGCUGUGAAUGUGGAUGCAUAAUCACUUGGCCAACACAGUGAGAUCUUUUCCUAACUGGUGGCAACAUUCAGUGUGAUGGACUGAGGGAAAAUGGGAGCCGCCCAUGUAGGUCAACAAGACAAGAUUCGUUUAAGAUAUAACUUGUUAUUGUCACUGAAAUGUCUGAGACUGAGUGGAUAAUUAUUUUUCCUUUUAACUCAACAUCUGGCUUCAUGAAUUUGCCUGUCCCAUUCAGUAGAAUGAUUACACCCUCAAAAGCAUACCUGAGCAUGUUUAGGCAUUGAAGAGCUGCCAACUGUGCUAAAUUAGAAAACAUCCAGAGGCAGAGACAAGUUUGAUCCUGACUAUUAACACCACCAACACACAAACUUUUGCAAAACAAACAACAUGGCUCUAUGAAGUUAAUUCCCACUGAGAUUAACUUGGUACAGUACAGAGAUAAUUCCUUGAUACAGUAUGGGGAUUUCUGUUCCCAGUGCAAUAUAACAUGGAGCCGUUGAUAAAUGCACGCCCACCACGUUGUAUGAUAUUUAGGAUGUAGGUCUUGUGUUAUUCUAAAAGGGUAGUAGUAUAUGUUGUGUAGGUAUAUUGCAAUAAUGGAACGUUUGAUGUAAUAUCCGUAAUACAGUGGUACCUCUGGUUGCAAACCGGAUCCGUUCCGGAGCACUGUUUGCAACAUGAACAGAACGCAACCCGUGUCUGCGUGUGCACGGGUUGCGAUUCGCUGCUUCUGUGCAUGCACGUGACAUCAUUUUGAGCAUCUGCGCAUGCGCAAGCAGCAAAACCCAGAAUUAACCCUUUCAGGUACUUGCGGGACGCAACCUGAAAACGCUCAACCUGAAGCAAACGCUACACAAGGUAUGACUGUAUAUCUCUUUAAAAGAUAGGAUCAGCAUGUCAGUCUCUGCUGGGUGUUAUUAUAAGUAGUUAAAUAUGAAGCUGGCAAUGUUGUUGGAAGGAAAGCAAAGUAGCCUUGUUUAGGGCGAUAGGUCUUUUGGAGCUGUAAUGGAUGGAAUGUAUUUUAAAUGUUAAAUUUCUUUUUUAACUGUUGCUACUUGAAUACUUGGCUAGGUUAGGAAUUUCAUGGUCAAUAUUUAGAAACUGGUUAUGACUAUAACACAUCUUUUUUAUUCUAUUAUUUAUUCAUUUAUUCAAUUUAUACACCGCCCUAUACCCGGAGGUUUCAGGGAGGUUCACUGACAAGACCACAACGUAUAAAAUCAAACCAAAACCAAUAACCCAAUAACCCCACCCCUCCAAAAGAACCACAUUCUAAAAGGGUGUUGGAUGUCAAUAAGAUCAACCAAAGGCCUAGUUAAAAAGGAACGUUUUUGCCUGGCGCCUAAAGCUGUAUAAUGAAGGUGCCAGGUGAACUUCCCCGGGGAGAGCAUUCCACAGACGGGGAGCCACUGCAGAGAAGGCCCAUUCUCAUGUUGCCACCCUCUGGACCUCUCAAGGAGGUGGCACAUGAAGGAAGGCCUUGGAAGAUGAUCUCAGGGUCUGGGUAGGUUCAUAUGGGAGGAGGCGGUCCUUGAGGUAUUGUGGUCCUGAGCCAUUUAAGCCUUUAUAGGUCAAAACUGGCACUUUGAAUUGGGCCCGGAAUCUAAUUGGUAACCAGUGCAGUUGGACCAGGAUCGCUGUAAUAUGCUCAAACCAUCUUGCUCCGGUGAGCAACCUGGCUGCUGAAUUCUGCACUAUUCAUUUAUUUACAAUAUUUAUUUACAACAGAGCAGCAUAGAGUCAACAAAAGAAGUGGGUCCCACAAACCAAGAUUAUAUUUGCAGUUUUGGCAAAUACCUUUUAAAAAAAACAUGCAUAACUCCUGUUACACAUGAGCAAAGCUUCUUUGGCGCUGUAAGAAGAGCGUGCUGGAUCAGGCCCAUCUACUCCAGCCUCCUAUUCUCACAGUGGCCAACCAGUUGCCUUGGGAAGCCUGAAAGCAGGACCUGCUUGUGGUCCCCAGCUAUUGGCAUUUAGUCAGAAGCAUACUGCCUCCAGCACUGGAGAUAGAAUUUACCCAUCGUAGCUAACAGCCUUUGCAGAAGAAAGGGGCAGAUCCACUGAUUUCCCAGCGUUGUGCAUGCAGCCUGAUGUGGAACCUUGUGCACACAGAAAAUAACGUGUCUCAGCAGAGAUGGUGAGGAUGGACCAAUGACUCUGGCUCUGAGUGCCCAAGCAAUAAUUAAUUACUUCCUCAUAAAUGACUAUCCACUUCUGGCCUGCCAUUUCUGCACCUGGAGAUGCUUAUAUAUAGCAAGCAGUCUGUGGCGCAUGUGCAUCUCUUGAGAGGGUACAACCACAGGGAAUCCCCAUGCUGCACAAAAUUAUGAUAGUGAAUGUAUAAAUAAUCAUUUGUUCAAGCCAAGAUUCCCAGCGUGCUUUGAAUUUGAAUUGCCCUUCAGCAGGAAGGUUUUAAGAAACCGAUGCAUAAAAUGACCAAGUGUGCUUCCAUGGGCAAGACUGCCAAUCAGCUGGUCCGUGCAGUGGUGACGUCAAGCCCCAUUGAGUUCCUCUUAAGGCAGGGUUCAAAACCAACAUUUUUUAUUUGACAGUUCAGGCUAGGCUGCAAAGGAAAAAAUACUCAUCUGGUGGCAUGGUGGUGUCAGGUGAUGUAGGUGGCCACACUCACUUGUCUAAGUGGUCCAUGGGGGAGCUCACUCUGGGUUAGAGCCCUCCUCAUCAGUUGCAAAUGGCUUUUGCAAAGUUGGGAGCAGGAGGUUGUGUUAAGUCUCUAAUCUCCUAAUGCCCCACCCACCCUUCUGCUCUGUAAACCCAUGAGUAUGCUGUCAGAAAGUUGGGAGAUGGCGGUGGCUCAUUGCUCUAAUCCAGCCUUCACUCCCAUACUAAAGCUUCAGCCUGAAUCCCAUUUACAUGGAAGUAAGCCUUUCCGAAUUCAUUCUGAUUUGGUUAGCUUUGCAAUGCAAGGAGACUUGCCAUUUGAAAACUGUGUUGUUUUUCAAAAGUCGGUGCUGGAGAUUAAAGAUUAAUAUGCAAAAGUUUAAAAGGCACAAGGAGAUAGGAUAAUAAUAUAUUAAGGAUGGAAUAACAAAUAAAGUGAAUAAUGCAACAAUAACAAAUAUAAUAGCAGGUAAAGAAGGUCGCACAUGGGUGGAGGGAAGUGCUGGGCUGCGGGGGAGAGAGGUGAAGGGAUUAAUUGAAAUUGUUAAAGAUUGGUAUAGGAUUUAAGAGACUUAAAUUUUUAAUAAAGAUUCUAUAAGGAAAGCAGAAAGCAGCAAGAAAUAUCAAGUAAAGGUAUCAGAGAGGAGAUCAGUGUAAAUGAAAACAUGAGACUUAUGGUUUUGUUACAUAUGAUUUUAUUUUGGAGUUGUCUGUUUAUUUCGGAGUUGUUUGUUGUAAAGAAUGUAUACUAUGUGAAUAAAAUAACAAAGGAUUUGGAAGAAAAGAAAAGAAAAAAGAAAACUCUGUUUUUUUUUCAAUAGCUGCAAAUCAAUUUAUGGAGGCGUAAGCUCUGUUGAGGACAUGGGUGGCGCUGUGGGUUAAACCACAGAGCCUAGGACUUGCCGAUCAGAAGGUUGGCGGUUCGAAUCCCCGCAACGGGGUGAGCUCCCGUUGCUCGGUCCCUGCUCCUGCCAACCUAGCAGUUCGAAAGCACAUCAGAGUGCAAGUAGAUAAAUAGGUACUGCUCUGGCGGGAAGGUAAACGGUGUUUCCGUGCGCUGCUCUGGUUCACCAGAAGCGACUUAGUCAUGCUGGCCACAUGACCCGGAAGCCGUACGCCGGCUCCCUCGGCCAAUAAAGCGAGAUGAGCGCUGCAACCCCAGAGUCGGUCACGACUGGACCUAAUGGUCAGGGGUCCCUUUACCUUAUACAUGAUUAGGAUUACACUGUAAGACAGAACGUUGGAAGAUAUGGACUCCUCGUCCAACAAUCAGGUGCUUCUGUCCCAUCCCAUUCUUACGUUGUCAUCUUGAAUGUUCUAGCUUGACGUAUGGGAAGGACAAGUCGUAGGUCAGAAAUGAUUCUUUCCUUUCGAAGGGGAAGUCCGGAGGUGACUAAAAUGACAAACAGUAUCAUUUCUUCAGUUGUUGUUGGAACCUUAUUAGAGUUGCAUUUUCAUUUCUCCAUUGUGUGUGUCCUGCCGUCGCCUACACACUUUCCGGGCUGGUAACGUAUUGUAGGCUAUGGCACAGGAUCAUUGGCUAGGAUAGUGGCCUAAUAUCCUCAAAGCAUUGUGCAGGGGUACCAAGACACCAUUGCUUAUACCCAUGUUGGUUAAAUAUUUCAAUAUUUUAUGGGACAUCUGCAUCUACCCUCUUAAACAACAGCAGUAACUUCGGCAGUUAAGUACUAUGGUUCUGUACCGUCCACACUGUUGACUGAAAACAAUUCCUUUCCCACUUUAGUGCAAUGGUGGGGAACCUUCAGCCUGUGGGCCUAUUUAGGUCCAUCAGAUCUCCCUCUUUGACCCAUGAGGCCACUUCAGCCAAGCCACGUCAAACUGCCAUCCACCUGAUGUCAUAUAGGAUGGCAAAUGUAAGGCAGGUAAUGUGCUGAAAGAGGGUUUGCAAACACUGUGUAUCAUCUCAUUGUUGGUACUCACAAUCUGCCUGGGGAAAUGGAUUACCUGACACCAUUUUGAUAUCAGGUGAUUGACAGGUGAGCAGCUCUGCACACCUGCCAAGCUUGGCCCAUGGGGGUGGGAGAGAUUAGGAUCCAGCCUGCUACGUGGAUUCAGUUCCCCAUUCCUGCUUUAGUGCAUCUGCACUACUGAGAUCAAGUAUUUUACUGCUGAAAUUGUUGUUGGCAUUUGGUUAGCAUCACCAAAGUGACCUCCUCAGGGUGCAAGCCUAGGCACUUCCGGACAAACCUGCUGCUAUAUCGUAAGGCACUUGUAAUGUGUCCCCAUCUCUGGGGAGAAUUGAUCGAUAGAUAGAGAAGGACACCCUCUUCAAGCAAUAAAUGCAGGAGGUGUAGUUCCACUCUGUAGUAGCAGCUUCUAGGGUUAUGCGCCAGAUUUGGCAAAAGCCCGAGCCGCUUUGGGCUGAUCGCUGAAGAAUUGAUGCUUUUGAAUUAUGGUGCUGGAGGAGACUCUUGAGAGUCCCAUGGACUGCAAGAAGAUCAAACCUCUCCAUUCUGAAGGAAAUCAGCCCUGAGUGCUCACUGGAAGGACAGAUCCUGAAGCUGAGGCUCCAAUACUUUGGCCACCUCAUGAGAAGAGAAGACUCCCUGGAAAAGACCCUGAUGUUGGGAAAGAUGGAGAGCACAAGGAGAAGGGGACGACAGAGGACGAGAUGGUUGGACAGUGUUCUUGAAGCUACCAGCAUGAGUUUGACCAAACUGUGGGAGGCAGUGGAAGACAGGAGUGCCUGGUGUGCUCUGGUCCUUGGGGUCACGAAGAGUCAGACACGACUAAACGACUAAACAACAACAAUAAAGGCUUUACCUAAGAUGGGUGGAAUAAGGCCAUGGGUUAGGCCGUCCGGAGCUAUCUGGAGUUGUUGACGUGGUGGGGUGGAGGGCUUGGGCAAAAAAGAGAGGCAGGCAUCAGGCAGGAUGGGUGGGAGCCAUACAGCCCUAGUCGGUUCUUUCUUCUGGUGAUGUAUUGGAGAAGUGGUGACUAAGCCAGGGAUGCUUGUUGGUGACUAAGACCAAAUCAUAUGCCUUAAAACUUAGAGGAUAUUAAUUUAAAAGUAGAUCUCAUACUUAACAAUCAAAAUUUGCAAAGAUUUCAGAAUUAAAGUCUGACCUUUUUAUUAAAAAACCACACACAUAGUUGAACAUUUUCAGAUUUUGCUUUACUUCAAUUUAGCUUUCAGGCUACUUUAAGAAAAACUACACCAAACAUCCUAUCCUCUUUUAAAUGUGUGGGAGGGGAGGGUGUUAUUGGUUUUGUUUUUCUCUUGUUUUUUAUUAUGUAUUUUAUGCUUUUAUCUUGCAUUUUUAUGCUAUGAGAUCUACGGAUGAAAGCCAGUAUACAAAUUUAAUAAAAAGUAAUAAUAAUUGUUAGUAUUUAUUUUUAUAAGUCUUGUUAAGGCAUUUGAAAAAAUAGGAUAUAAAUACUUUAAAAACGUAACUAUGGCAUUUUUGCUGAAGUGAAGCAGACCCAGCUGGCAAUAUCAAGUAUAGAACCUAGAGCUUCUUGAAAGACAAGAGAUGGAAUAAAUGUGUCGAUCUACCAGAUUUAAUGCUGUUACCUCUUCUCUUACACACAGAUGAGGUGUCUAUAUCCAGCAGUGCUCGUAACUGGAAUGCUAAGAAUAAAAUUAUAGCGGAAGAAUAUAAAUUAGAAGUAUUGUGACAAGGAAAUCCAAAAUUUGAGAAGGUUAUUGAGAAUUAUUUCAGUUAGUAUAUUUCUGUUAGCACCCCUGUAUUAAAUACCAGUCUAUAUUGAAAAUAGACUGUUUUGGACCCCAUCUACAAAUUGCUACCUCUUGUUUCUCAGAGAAUUGUGCUGGUAUUUGUCUUUUGUAAGCAAGCAUUAUGAGGUGCUCAUAUGCACAAUGAACUGUUUUUUAAAAUAUAUUUUACAAAGAGGAGGGAAUGGUAAUUUUCUUAUCUCAAUCUAGAGCUUGGUGUCCAGAUCAAGUCUGCAACUAGUUUUUGUUUGUGUCUUGAAAGUUCAGGGCUAGUUGACACUGUAUUUCAGUGCAUUUUUGUAAUAAACAAAUGAAAGGUGCAGUACUAGUGGAAAGUUCUGCUGCACAAGUCCCAUUGAAGUGAAUGAGUACUCAAGAGCAGUACGUACUGUGCUCCCAUUUAUGUGCGUGCGAACUUCACAGUGGAUUGAGCCUAUGAAGCUUGCAUAACGCCACUGAAGGUUAAAAAUAAGAAGUCUUUAUGCUGUACAUGAAGUCCUUCUGGAAGCAUGAGAUAGCUUUUGUUGAAAUUCUACCCUUUCAUUAGAAAACUGGAUUCCAACGUUUCAUUUGCAUUUGAGGAAGUAACAAAACAGUGUAGCUGAUGCCGACCUGGAGAGCUACAUUAAGUUCAGCGGAGAUGAUCAAAGGCUUCAGACUGUCAUGUCUGCAGCAAAUUCCAUGAUGAAACCAUGCAAAGCGAGUUUGAUUAUGGGUUGAACAGCAUAUUUUGCAUAUUUUGUGAAAGCGUCUUGAUUCAAAGAGCUCAGAAUUAGCAUGGGGAUUGCAUCAGCUCCGCAGUCUGAAGCACUCCAUCAUUACAAUGCCAUGCUUGCUUAGUCUAGACUUCAGAUUGAAUUUAGCACAUAAUAUAUACAAAAGUAUUGGGCUUACUGCGCAUAGAGGGCUCAAACUGGUUUUUCCAUUUCCCAUAUUCAUAACUCAAGCUUGCAACUUGUGCUGCUUAGAUUGUGUGUUUGAUUUUAAACUAUUUAUGUCCUGCUUCUUUUCCUGCGUUAGCAUGAUGCAUUUGAGAUCUAUUGCACCAUUAUUCUGUUUGUGGUGGUUAUUUUAACCAUCAUAGUUAUAUCAACCACAUAAUGCUAUACUAUACUAUACUAUACUAUACUAUACUAUACUAUACUAUACUAUACUAUACUAUACUAUACAAUGAUACAAUAUUGAAGAACAGUGUAUACCAGAAUCUCUCUCUCUCUCUCUCUCUCUCUCUCUCUCACACACACACACACACACACACACACACAUAAAUACAAUCUACAAAAGGUUAAAAAAGAACAAAACAAUAUAUAUAUAUAUUAAAAUACAAAUGGUUAAGAGGGCUAAUACAUUUAAAAGCAUCCAGUUUUUUGUGCUAAAUCAUUGCAAUUUACCAUAUUAGCCUCAACAACGUUUCUCCUCAGCUUUUGGGUUGCCACUGCAAAUCUCGUAACUCUGUCAGGAAUUUGUCAGAAUCAAACAACCAAUAUGUAAUUUUUGCUUGAACAUCGCCAUCAGGUAGCUUACUUAACAAUUUCAGAAUAACCUUUGACCUAGAUUUAUUUAUCUAGGGAUUCAGAGUAGACAGUUAAGAGAAGAUAGGAAAUAUGAUUAGAUCAGGAGCUAUGGCCAAUUGAAAAUCUCUCAGUCUGUUGUUGAGGCAACAAUAAACACCUGUUUACCCUGGCAGGAUUCUAUUCCUCAUUGUAUUCUGCUGCCCAUUUUGCACAGAAUGCUAAGCCAAGCCAUGACUAAGAAUAAACGAGCAAGAAUUUGGUUGCUCAGAGCAAAAGGCAUGGGGGUUUCACUUGUCUCCUUGCUCCCAUAAGUAAGCCAUGAUUUGGCUUAGCGUUGUGUCUGAACCCAGGCUCGUGGUUUGUCUCCUCCCAAAAAACCAAAAGCAGUCAGUCAAGAGCAAACCUUGCGUACUGCUCAUUGUUAGCAGUUUGGAGAUCAAGUUUGGACUUAAUCCUAAGGCAAACCAUGGUUUAGUUGCAGGUCACAUGACAACAGCAAGACCAGGGAAGGAAUGUCCAUGACUUGAAACUGGAAGAAUUAAAAACUGGCAUAAUGAAAUCAUGCAUCAAAGUCUUGAAACUUUGCAGCCACUUCAUAACCUAAGGCAGGGCCUCCUUUUUUAAAAAAAAUCUUGCCUCUGGCUCCUAGAAUAACUUCAUAGCAACUUUAACACUGCCUCCUUGACUCCACCCCAACAUGCAAUCGCAGUUUGAAAGAUCAUUGUGUGCCGUACCAAAAUUGAAAAAUGCACUUGUUGCUGUAUAUAUCUUUCUGUCAAAUGAGCCCUUAUUUCUGUCCAGGGCAGUACAACACCUGCAGCCUGCAUACUGGAAACAGAGACUCAGUGCCGGGAAUGCGGCGUAGUUUCGUAGAUCACAGAACCAAUUUUCCGGUAGCCUUUUCUGUGACAUCUUUCAAUACCAUUGAUCAUUCUGUUCUUGGGUGUUGACUGGCAACAUGCUUUCUUAGUUUCUUGUCUUCCUUACUGUCUACUUUCUUUAUCUGUCAGUGGUAAUCCUUCUCCCCACGGUCUGCCAUUUUCCAUCUGAAGCUCCUCAAGGAUCUCCUCAAGUCAUCUUCUCUCUUUAUCUCAUUCCUUUUACUGCUAUUAUUUGUUUUGUCUGCAGUCAUUUCCAUACUAUCCACUUGCAGCUGCACACUUCUCCUGAUUCGUGUUCAUCAUCUCUUUUUUAAGAUUUCUGCUUUUGUUUUGUUUUGUUAUUUCUAACCAGAUGCCUUCCAAUGAACUUAAGCCAGGGUUUGGGGAACUGGUAGCCCUCCAGAGGCAUUGCUGAACUGCAACGCCCAUCAGUCCUGACCAUUGAUUGUGCUUGUGGGGGCUGCUGGGAGUUGAAGUCCAACACCUGGAGGACUACAGGUUUCCCAUCCCUGCCUUAGAUACUGUCUUCCCAGUAGUUUUGUUUUGGGUCUAGGAAUGGAAGGAUCUGUCAGUUUUGGUUCUCUCAAUUUCUCAUUUUUCCAGUUUCCAAUUUGGUUCUCCACAUUUCUCAGCGACUUGUGUGUAUGUGUGUAUGAAAAAUCCUCAUGAACAUUAGCACCUUAGUGCGACUUUUACCUAAUAAACACAUUUAUCUAUGCGGUUUUGACUAAUGUACACAUUUACGUUCCUUUUUAUGCAUACUUUCCUCUAAUAUAUGUAUUUUUGGAAACAUAGUUUGGUUGGAGAACAGCAUUGCAAAAUUCACGUAAGUGCAAAUUUUGAAGGAUUGCUGUGUUUCACUUCUCAUGUCUGCAGCAAAUUCCAUGAUGAAACCAUGCAAAGUGAGUUUGAUUAUAGGUUGAACAGCAUAUUUUGCAUAUUUGGUGAAAGCAUCUUGAUUCAAAGAGGUCAGAAUUAGCAUCAGCUUCGCAGUCUGAAGCACUCAGAAAGUGUAGAUUGGAUAAAUCCAGUUUUAUAUGCUAACUGAAUCAAAUUUCUCUCCCAACCCUACUUGGGACUCCCCCUCCACCCCAAGAAAAUCCUCUUUUUAAAAUAAAAUAAAAAAUCUAAUUUUCAUUGUAAGUCUUUUGUUUCAUUUCAGUGGUGGCUUGUUAUCAUUUUAUAGAUAAUUAAAUCAUAAUUAAAAAUACAGAUAGGAAAAGGAAGCUGAAGAGCUAAAACAGAGCUGUUUCUGUGUUUUCCUUCCUCUGUGUUUGUGCUGUCUUCCUCCCUCUGGAUUAUGUGUUCUUAUUAUUCCUAAUCCCCAGCCGUUCUUCUUUUAAUCAGUCCACUCUCUCCUACAAAGAUCCAACACUAGCGCUGCUUCAGCCACACACAAAUCAUACACCCACACUUGCACUCCUUCAGUGUACAACUCUUUCCUUCCCUCUGGCUUUCUGCCAGCUAAAGGGGCAUUUCCAAAGAGACAGAGUCUGCUUUGCCCAAUAGCUCUGGCGCACAAUGGAAAUGGCGUUUGCAACACCGACCAUGAGGUCAAUGGGCAUCAUUGUGUUUUCUGGCAUAAUUUGCCUCAGGGUGGGUGGGCCAUCGGGGGAAAUGGAGGCGACUAUAAACAGCAGGUGCCUAAAAGCAUGGAGAAGAUGUCGGAGGCAGGCAGGGUUUGUGUGGAAAGCUGCCCAAACAGAUGCAAAGGAAGAAUAUCGCCAUGAAUAAAUGAGAACAGAAGGAGUUGCGUUUCACAGCGAGGCAGAACCAAACUUUUGAGUUUCACAAAAGGGGGUGAGGAUAUGGGCAAGAUGUGUUUGUGUGCAGAAUGCAUUCAUUUAAAAAAUGAAUUUCCACCCACCACUCAGAAAGGUUGAGGAGGUCAGAGCAAAGGCACUUCCCAGCUUGAGAGUCAGGGGGGCAGCAAAGCUUGAAGGUGCCCAACUAGGAAAGCAUUAAUGCUGUGGAAAAGGAAGGCAUUGCCUCUUGGACCUCCAGCCCAGGACUACAAGCUACCAGACUUGCGAUACCUUAGCAUCCACUGCCUGAGGUAGAUGGCUCACUCAGCCUAAUGAUAGGGCUGGUCCGGCAAUUGAACUGACUCUUAAAGCAUUCCAUUAUAUUAGAUUACUAUUUUGUUGUGUGUUGUUGCUUUGGUUUUGGUCCUUAUGCCUUGCCCAGCUAUCUCAAGAAGGUCUGACAAGAAUGCAGAGUAUUUAAAACGGUCCAGGUUGUUUGAAUGAGCUUUUAUUGGGGUUGUAGUCACCUAAAUCAUACUCAGAGUGACAUUAAUGGACCAAAAUCAAUGUUUUCUCUGCCAACUUUUAAUCAGCUGCUGAAAACUUUUUUAUUAUUACUCUGCCAGGCCUGCGCAGGCAAUUAAGAGUGCAUAUUCCACAGUGGUUUGUUGAUUCUUAAAACGAUGGUGACAACAACAAACUUGCUUGCUUUUAAAUUGUUUUUAUUUUUUAGAAUGCUUUUAUUGUAUAGUUUUUAUCCUUUUAAAGUUGUAAAUUGCUUUGAUAUGCUUUAAUGGUAUAGGAAUAUUAGUCAUGUCUAUUAAUUUCAGUCUACUCUGAGCAGGACUGACAUUAGAAGAAAAACGCUUUAGGUUCAAAUAAGUAGAACAACUGUAAGCCCGUUUGAGUCGGUCAAAACCAAAUGCAGAGCACUUUAUCUGUGGUUAGUUCCUUGUUUAUACUUCACUUUUCCAUGUUCCUUAUGUGUCAUUUUUAUCCUUUGGAUUAGGAUGUGGCUUUAAACCACAGGUAAGUGUAGUGCGGGUAAAUAAAUAUACCGUACCUCAAACUGAGUACAAAGCAGUCACGACUUUAUUUUCAUUUUCUGGGAAACAUUAACUAUUUAUUUAUUACAUCUAUACCUCCUUUCAGUCUCAGGAGUUCAAUGUGGUGUACAUGCUCCCCCCCCCUUUAACUCAAACCAACCCUGUGAGGUAGGUUAGACAGAGAGGUAGUGACUGGCAUAAGGUCACCCAAUGAGUUUCAUGACUGAGUGGAGGGUUGAAUCCUGGUAUUCCUGGUCCUCGUCCAACCAGUACACCACCUUCAAGCCUAUCCUUCUUCUUCUUCUUUAUUAAAUUUGUAUACCACCCUUCACCCAAAGAUCACAGGGCGGUUCACAACACUAAUCAGGUCAUAUUGCAUUGAUCUUGUACCAGUGACUCAGUGCCAUUGCAGGUUACAUUGGAACAGGCAGCGAACCUUUACGGAAUACCAUCUCUUGAAUUGUUUUACACUUUUCCCACCUUUUACUCUUUUAAGCUUUUUAAACAAGAUGGUUUAUGUUGAUUUAAGAGUGUGUGUGUGAUUCUCAUUGUAAAAUGGCAGGAUAUAAAUGCACCUAACUUAAUAAUAGAACCGUAGAAUUGCUGGAAGGGACCAUCUGGUUCAACCCCCUUCAAGGCAGGAAUUGCAACUGAAGAAUCCCUGGCAGAUGGCCAUCCAACCUCUGUUUUGAAACCUCCAUUGAAGGAGAACCCACCACCCUCCGAGGGAGUUGGUAGAAUAAGGCAGUGACUGUUCCAAUUCACCUUAGAAGAGGGGACAGUUUAGAUACCUGGAAGAUCAGGGUUCCAAAUCAUAUUGAGAAGUCGACAAGUGGAGAGGCUCCCUGUUCCAGACAUUCAUCCGCCCUCUAAUUUAUGGAGGGCAACAGGAUUAGCAGAACUAAUAGCUGUACCUUUGCUAUUUUAAGGUUGCUUUUUCUAUUAAUUUUAUGCUGGAUUGUGUUUGUGCUUUUGACGAAUGCUUUGUGCCGGUUCUGCAUUUUGUGAUGUUCUUUUAUUGAUCGUAUUGUCCUUGUACCAUUACCCUCAAUUUCCUGCUCGUAACAAUGGCCUCCAUUUCCCUGUUUUUUACUUUCAGCUCUGAUUCUUACACUGGUAUCCACGGCUGUGAUUGGCCUGGGUGCACCAGAGAUUACAUGCCUUUUAAUCAAGCGAAACAAUAUAAUGUCAGGAUCAUUGGAAUCUUCACCUUCUCAUGAGGUAAAAAGGAUAUGAACCUGUGUGGUCAGUGAAGACCACCAUCAGUGACCUUGCUCUCCGUCCCACCAACUUCAGAAGGGAGAUAGAUUGCAGUUUGUGGGAUUCUUUCCCCAAAGUGGCUCAGGUGGUACCUGCUUCACUAGUUUUUUUGGUGCCAGCUGAACUUUAAAUGUGUUUUAAAUGUAUGCUGUGUUAGCAACAUGCAAGAUUCUUCUAAUUUAGGAUUGAGGAAUCUGGCCCUUCAGAUUUCAUUAUUUUAUUUCAUAUAAUAAAACUUCAUCAUGAUUUACAAAAAUAAAAGAAAACUAUUGUAAUUACCAAAGGCACAUCAAAGCAGGUAUUUUAAAUAUUCAAAGCUACGUAAGACCAGCAAUAACCUAAAAACAGAAUAAAACACAUGGACGCGGGUGGCGCUGUGGGUUAAACCAUUAAGCCUAGGACUUUCUGAUCAGAAGGUUGGUGGUUCGAAUCCCCGCAAUGGGGUGAGCUCCUGUUGUUCGGUCCCAGCUCCUGCCAACCUAGCAGUUUGAAAGCACAAAGUGCAAGUAGAUAAAUAGGUACUGCUCCAGCGGGAAGGUAAAUGGCGUUUCCGUGUGCUGCUCUGGUUCGCCAGAAGUGGCUUAGUCAUGCUGGCCACAUGACCCAGAAGCUGUCUGCAGACAAACACUGACUCCCUUGGCCAAUAAAGCGAGAUGAGCGCCGCAACCCCAGAGUCGGUCAUGACUGGACCUAAUGGUUAGGGGUCCCUUUACCUUUAAUGUCUACACAGCUGGAGACUCCCAACUCCCAUCAGCCCCAGUCAACAUGGCCCAAUGGUCCAGGAUAUUGGGAGCUGCCGUCCAGCAAUAUCUGGAGGGCCACAGGUUCCCCAUCCCAGUUUUAACUGAAAAUGCCAGGACAGAACCUGCAACCUGCAUGCAAAGUGUGUACUCUGUCAUUGGCUCUUACCCACUUAGGUGGGUAGCUCUUAAUAUCUAAUGAUAUUAGAAAAGAAUGUUCACCUGUGUUUGUUCUUUACACUUAGGCAGGUGAAACUCAGGGAGACAGUCUGUGUAGGAACUAGGAAUGAAAUGUCAAAUAAAUAAAUAAAUAAUUAAAUAAGCAAGCCAAGAGAUCCUUGGCAUCUAUGAGCCCAUCAGUAUCUGAAGAACCAGCUCUAUGGAAUCAGCUUCUUAAUGAACUUUAUCUAAGGCCUAGCAAUUUGCUCUUUUCCUAAUGUAUGUUUCUAAUAGGGCUUUCCCUGGAGUGUGACUCUUCUAUUUUUGAAAUAUUAUAGUUAAAUGCUUUUAAGAUCAGUUUCUAGACUGCUAUGUACCGAUAUACAUUAUAUACUCUGUGUGUGUGUGUGUGUGUGUGUGUGUGUGAGAGAGAGAGAGAGAGAGAGAGAGAGAGAGAGAGAGAGAAUGCUUCAGAAACAUUUGUUUGAAAGUGGUGAAUAAAUCCUUAAAUAAAAUAAAUAAUGCAGAGAUCUUAAAAAAGACCAGUGUGGUAAAAUACGUGUUUCCAUCUCAUGCAAUACAGACCCAAGAAGACCGCAAGUGUUCCCUGUAUUCUCAAAGCAUCAAGAAUAUCUAUGAAGCAGCAACAGAUUUCGAAGUUGGUGUGCUUGAAAAUGUUGAAAUUAAAGCAAUAGUAAAUAUUUCAGAGAACAUCACCUGUCUUUGGUUUUUUAAAGAGAACCAGACUGAUUGUAAUUCCUCUCUGGAUUUGGAGAACAGGUAAGCAAAGAGAUACAUUGGGUGACGAUUAUGAUAAAAUUUCCUAUUAUUUGCUCUGGUUCAGAAAAGUGCUGAGCAUCUGGGGAAAGAUUAUACGAGCAGCCGGAGCUUUACUUGUAGUUUUUGCCUUAACUGUUUUCACUACUGAAGAGGCAAUUCGCAGUGACUUGCCUCUUCAGCAGAAGGAAUGGCUAGGUCAAAAGCCACAAGUACACAGAGUGCACAGUUUUCUCAUAUACUUAUAUGUCCCUACUUUGACACACACAUUUAAUCUUUAAACCUACCAUUUAAAUUCACCUCAAUUAAAUACAAAGAGCUAAGCUUUACUCGGGGCAUACCCAUUGAACUGAAUGGGUGUAGCUUAGCCACUUUCAAACAUUUCAAUUCUGAGUAAAAUUUAUUUGAAUGCUACCCACUCACUUUAGAUUCCACUGAAAGAGGUUCACUUCUGUCAUUCUGGACAGAGGUUCUUUCUUAGGAAAGAGCGGUUUAGCACUCUUCACUUAUUUGCUAGAAGUCAGAAACAACAGGUGGGGUGGGCACCUGCAACCACACAUUCAGAGUGAAGCUGCCACAUCAGCCUGUCCAGUUUACAAUAUUCAACAAUAGUUACUGAAUCUAGACAUACGGUCUCUCUUGUGAUGAGACAACAGCCAUCACAUAUUUGAGUUGCAGGGGAAUUUAAAAGGAUCCCGGUGCAAGAAGUACUUUGAUAAACCUCCGAAGAAGCCUUGAACCUGGGACCUUCUGCAUGCAAAGCAGACUUUCUACCAUUGAGCCAUGGCUCUUUUCCAAUUUGGCUAAGGCCUUUCUCCACAGAAUUAUUAGUAUGAUGGUAUAGUCUGGUCCUGGGACGCUGGUGGCGCUGUGGGUUAAACCACAGAGCCUAGGACUUGCCGAUCAGAAGGUCGGUGGUUCGAAUCCCUGCAACGGGGUGAGCCCCUUUUGCUCGGUCCCUGCUCCUGCAAGCCUAGCAGUCCGAAAGCACAUCAAAGUGCAAGUAGAUAAAUAGGUACCACUCCGGCAGGAAGGCAAACGGCGUUUCCGUGCACUGCUCUGGUUCGUCAGAAGCGGCUUAGUCAUUCUGGCCACAUGACCCGGAAAAACUGUCUGAGGACAAACGCCGUCUCCCUCGGCCUAUAGAGUGAGAUGAGCGCACAACCCCAGAGUCGGUCACGACUGGACUUAAUGGUCAGGGGUACCUUUACCUUUACCUUAUAGUCUGGUCCCAACCACAGGUUUUGCUUGCCUGCCUGCUUGCUUGGUGUUGUUUUUGUUGUCAAUUUGUUCUGCUUCCUUUUAUUUUCACAUGAAGUUGUUUUUGUUUUUUUUUAAUGGAUGCUUUCCCCCUAUUGCAUAGGCAUGUUGUUUCGAAGAAGUUUCCAAAAAUUAGAGAAAGCCAGGCUGGAAACCACACGCUGUCCAUUAAAACCAAAACUGAUAAUUACAGGGUGACAUUUACAAUUCAUAUAAAAAGUAAGUAUGACAUGGAGACAAAGGAAUGGCUUGAUCACAACUUGAUGAAGGAUGAUAGGGCAGGAACGGGUCCAUGUAUGAUGUAUGCCUAACUUUGAAACAGCAAAACAUGUUGGAUUCUUCCCCCUGCAGGGAUUUUCCCAUUCCUUAUUUGAAUAUUUUCCCCUCCCUCUUUCAGUUCUGGUAUUGUGUGCUAUUUUUCCCACGUCACUCAUUUCAUUUCAAGCAAGGGUACGUCAUCCCUCUCAGGAAAAAGCUCUGAGCUGCUCAGAGUCAAUUACAUUUUUCAAUGGUGGCUGCGUUUUUAUUUAUUCCCCCUUAAGUAUCAACCUGAUGUGUUGUGACUCUUCUAAGCUUCCUGCUUUGAGCAGAUGGGAAGUUUAAGAGUAUUGAUCAACAUUUGCUCUUCAUAUUUAAAAAGAAAUGCAGGGAAGACAAUUCCCUGUUUUUCUGAGGGUGGGGUUGAAGUGGGAUUGAAACUAGGUGUAAGGAAUAGUCAAGGCAAUAAACAACUAUUUUACUUUUAAAAGACACCUGAAGGCGGCCCUGUUUAGGAAAGUUUUUAAUGUCUGAUGCUGUAUUGUUUUUGAUAUUUGGUUGGAAGCCACCUAGAGUGGCUGGGGAGACCCAGUCAGAUGGGCGGGGUAUAAAUAAAUAAUAAUAAUAAUAAUAAUAAUAAUAAUAAUUAUAUCUCUCUCUCUUACGUGAAAUUUUUCUUCAGAAUUUCCAACAGCUUUUAAAGGGAAAAUGGUUCAAAAAUAUAGGGGACUGUGAAGCUACUACAAUCCUCUCUAUAAUUCCUUUUAUAAAGAGAUGUUUGUCUCUUUGUUGGGGAAGGGGAGUAGAAAAUGCGAGAGAGGGGUCACAUAUGCAACAUGCAUUUAAAACACUCUUAUACCACUUUAAUAGCCAUGGCUUCCCCCCAAGAAUUCUGGGAAUGGUAGUUUGUUAAGGGUUGCUAGGAAUCAUAGGAGCCAACUCUUGGGGGCCAUGUGUGCUUGGGAACCCACAACAAUAAAAUUGUGUGGGCUGGGCACCCACAAAGUCAAUGAGAAAAGCCAGCAGGUAACAGCAGCACUGCCUCUGAGAGAAAAGCAGUUGAGCUCUACCUUCCACAGCCAGCGAGUGAGGCACCCUUUUCGGUGUGGGGCUCAGAUGCGGAGGCACAGCCUCUCUGCCUCUGAGUCCAAGCCCCCACCUGCAGAAAAGGGUGUCUUGCUGUGGAGAGGAGGAGGAAGAGGAGGAUCUGACUAGAGAGAGACAAAAUAGAGCCCUUUACAUGAACAAAAUGUCUAGCCCUUUUGUGAAAACAGCUAAAUAACUUCAGCAUCUCAGUAUACAGCUGGUGCUGGUUGAUAGAGCUUUGUAAAUAUUGACGAACAAUGCACUUUCCUCUCUCUCUUGUGAAAUGUGUUUGUUUGUUCUGCAUUUGGAUGAAUCUUAAGGCAUCAAGACCAAAUUUUCCAUGAUGGUUCUUGAGAUCACCUUCUAAGUUUGUAUAUAACUAGGUGCCAUUUUGAAACAAGAUGGUGGGCUGAACCGUUCAAAACUACAUUGAUUUCAACCAUUGAUAUAAAAACUGCACUGUGUUUUUUUUUUGGGGGGGGAGCUUCUUAGAGUUCCUGACCAACACUGGGUACAAGGCUGCUAGUGCUCUGAUAAAUGAACAAUUGAUUGAUUGAUUGAUUGAUUGAUUGAUUGAUUGACUAUAAAUAAUAAAAGUAAAAUACUUCCAUGAAUAAAUAAAUGAUAAGGAAUUCUUACAUUGUUUUCAAUAGAAAGCCCAAGAAAGCCACAUUUUAUACUAAAUAAGCAGCGAGAAGUUACUGUAAGCUGCCAAUCAGAAGGAUAUCCUAAACUAAAUUUUGAAUGGUUUUCUUGCAAGACCCCUGAUGAAAGGUAGGUCACCUGUUUUGCUACCAACCUGUCAUGGUUUGUUUUCAACUCUACAUUCAGAUUGGACAUCUUCCAACUGAGAUAAGACUGCAUAUGCACCACAAACAUGCAAGAUUGAUAGACUGUAUAAAAGGGAAAAUACAGUAAUCUGAUUCUCCUUUUGUUCUGUAGAAUUUCAUGUCCAGCCACUGAAGUUGCAAGCUUCUUGCCCCCUCCCCCCCCCACAAAACCCCAUUCUGAAAUCAAAUAUGUAUAUGUAGUGAGAGGAACCAAUGUUUUAGCAAGUGCCUUGCUACUUCUAAAAUGUGAGCAGCAUACAGAUCGAAGAAAAAUUCAGAAUCCUGUUUUGAACCACCCUUCUCUUAGAAUCUCAUUCUGCACCAAAAUGCCAAAGACCUGCCCCAGAUUUCGCAGGAGGCUUUUGCAGUUUGGGCUAGCAGGAGCACAUAUUUGGAGUCCCCUUGAGUCAUUCUUGAGUUGUAAUGACAGCAGUGUUAUUGGCUUUGAACACGUGGCCUUUUGUCAUUCUGUUUUAUAGCUGCAGAAGUUCUAAGGCUGCCCAAAGUGAAGACAUGGAUGGAAUACAACAGGCCCAGCUGAAAUUACGAGACAAUGAAUUGCUCUUUCGACAACAUGUGUGGUGUUGUGCAGUUAAUGAGUUUGGAAAAGUCUGCACUGAACUCUAUACAAUAGGUAAAGAUACAAAUGUAUUUAUGGGUUUGGACUCUUUAGCCCCUUUAUUCAUGCUAACAGUACCACUUCUUUAAUAAGACCCAGUGUGGUCUUCCAUACACUUGCAUAGCAGAGGGAAUGUUUCAUUAGGCAGGUUGGUGGAGGGUUUGCCAUCAAUAUUUCCUUAUGAACAGAAGGGAUGGGAAACCUGCUGUUGAACUCCGACUCCCCUCAACCCCAUUCGGUGCGGUCAGGGAUCAAGAAUGGUGGGAUGCUGCAGACCAGCAACAUCUAGAAAGCCACAGGUUUGCCAUCCCUGCUGCACAGGGUUUCUCUUUGUGUUAUCUGUCGGUGGAAGAAAAAUGCCUGCAGAAAUAUAAUCAAGUACAAGUUUGGGCAGUCUAAGGAUCAUUGUGGUUCAACUGUGAUCCUUUCUUUUUUAAUCGAUUUGAUCUCUCACCUCCUGUAAGAUCCUCAGUUCUUGGUUUCGCAAAGCAUAGCCAACGCACCACCCAAAUCAGCUUUUAUACUUCCAUUCCAGUCACAGAUUUUGAUGGGCAUAAAAUGUGAUGCUGCCAAUUGAUAGGGUGAAAUUUCAGCCUUACUGGUGCAAAGCGUUGCCUGGCAUUGUUUCUCUUCAAUUGGGGAAGGGCAAGAAGAGAAGAUUCUUUGCAUGGGGAAGGUCCCUGGUUCAGUCCCUGGCAUCCAGUCCAUAUUUCUAUGUGAACUGUGAAAAUAAUGUCAUGUUUUUUGUUGAAUGGUUUGUGUUUAUGUGCCCUGCCAAUAAAACAUGUGAAAGAUCUCUUUUAUUUAAAGUGUUCAAGCAAAAGAAUUUACAGUGGUACCUCGGGUUACAGAUGUUUCAGGUUACAGAUGCUUCAGGUUACAGACUCCGCUAACCCAGAAAUAGUACCUCGGGUUAAGAACUUUGCUUCAGGAUGAGAACAGAAAUCGUGUGGCGGUGGUGCGGCAGCAGCGGGAGGCCCCAUUAGCUAAAGUGGUACCUCAGGUUAAGAACAGUUUCAGGUUAAGAAUGGACCUCCAGAACAAAUUAAGUUCUUAACCUGAGGUACCACUGUAUUUAUUUAAAUGUUUUGGCACACUUCUUCAUGACACUAUGAGUUGGAGGGGAAAGGAGCCCUGAUAUUUGCAACAAUUUAAAAUGGUUCCUCCUCCUCCAAGUCACUUAUCGUCUGAGUAUUGGCACUAAGCACUCUAGAAUUGGUUUCCUUCCUUCCUUCCUUCCUUCCUUCCUUCCUUCCUUCCUUCCUUCCUUCCUGGAAUCUUAUAAUGUAUUAUUUACAUUGAUGACUGAUAAUAAUAAUAAAAAAACAUCAUCAACCAGCCCUCCUUACUCUCAUGAAGACCUUCUUCUGCCCCUCCCUGGGGACUGCAGAUUUUAUUUCCAUAGAAUCAUAGACUUGUAGAGUUGGAAGGGACCCUGAGGGUCAUGAAGUCCAACCCGCUGCCAUGCUGGGCUGCAAUGCCCAAUGUGGGGCUUUAACUCACAACCCUGAGAUUAAGAGCCUCAUGCUCUACCGACUAGGCAUGUACACCAGACCAAGGCAAAGCACUAGAACAUAUUCAACUUUCCACUGCCUUUGCCUUCAGCAAAAGCAGCCUGAGGCUUUGCCUUCAGCUUGGGUCCAAGUGUGUGUGUGUAAGUGUGCACUUAGGAUGACUUUGGGAUUUGGAAACUAGUUGAUGGAGGUGUGUGUCUAACACUUGCUGUGUUUAGUUCUGAGGUUGCAUUUGUGUUCAUUCAAAAUUCUAUUAGUGUUUUACUAGGGCCAGAUAAUUUUGUUCAGGUGUGUUUUCCAUUGAUUUUGGCAUUCUAAGCUGACUCUGUUCUAAUUAUCUGCUCUGUUGCUGCUUCACAUUAGCAUUUAAUUGUUGGUAGUUUUAUUGCAUUUUGAAUGAUGCUAGCUACCCUAAGCACUACUUUGGUAAGUAGAAAGGGAUAGUAGUUGUUGUUGUUUAGUUGUUUAGUCGUGUCCGACUCUUCGUGACCCCAUGGACCAGAGCAAGCAAGGCACUCCUGUCUUCCACUGCCUCCCGCAGUUUGGUCAAACUCAUGUUUGUAUCUUCGAGAACAGUGUCCAACCAUCUUGUCCUCUGUCGUCCCCUUCUCCUUGUGCCCUCAAUCUUUCCCAACAUCAGGGUCUUUUCCAGGGAGUCUUCUCUUCUCAUGAGGUGGCCAAAGUCUCAACUUCACGAUCUGUCCUUCCAGUGAGCACUCAGGGCUGAUUUCCUUAAGAAUGGAUACGUUUGAUCUUCUUGCAGUCCAUGGGACUCUCAAGAAUCUACUCCAGCACCAUAAUUCAAAAGCAUCAAUUCUUUGGUGACCAGCCUUCUUUAUGGUCCAGCUUUCGCUUCCAUACAUCACUACUGGGAAAACCAUAGCUUUAACUAUAGUAGUAGUAGUAGUAGUAACUAUUAUUAUUAUUUGCUGGUAUUGUUAUUUUAUUGGAAUUAUUUUUAUAUUUCAGAUCUGAGUGUACCAGGAAGCCCUAUGCAGGAAUUCUUUCUUAAAACUGGAGAACCAUUGCUUUUAAGAUGUCGUGGUAUAUCUGGUGAUUAUAACUUUGGAAUGAAGUGGUAUUCUGAAAGAAAGCAAUUGAUUCAGGUACUAAGAGGAACCCAUUUUCCUGUCAGCACUUACUGUAUCCUUAUAUUAAAAAUAUUAACUUUAAAAUCCCCUGUGUAUGUCUUGUACCUGUGUAGCUGUUCAGAAAGCGGUGAGAAAUCUCAUUGCUUUCCAAGUGUCUCAAAGGUUCAGGACCACAGUCAGGGAGAGUUCCCACACUUCUAAUACUUCCCAGUGCCUCUUGCCAAAAUACCAGAAUACAGUACCUGCUUGCUAAUGACAUUUUGAAGACUCUUGCCUAACUCUGGUUCUGAAAUAAGCACCAUAUUAAUGUCGUGAUAUAUUUUUUAAAAUACUGAGUUGGAGCCAGACUUUUGAUUCAACUGAAAAGCUUAUGAGACCUACAUUAGUUGUGACUCGCUAAAUUCCUAUUGAUUUCAGUAGUUCUGAAGCUUUGCACAGCUCCGCACCACAAAUGAAUGUCACCAUCUCUUAAAUACUCACUUUUAUUUUUUAAAAAAAUAGGGCAUGUCACUCGAAGGAAGGAAGAAUUUGAACUCCAAGAGGGUUAAGACGCAAUAUGCAUUUGUUUUCCCAAUGGAAACACAGAGUCACAGACAUUUUAACUGCUCGUCCAAAGAACUUGCUGCAAACAAGAGUGCUUUGGUUACAGUUUUAGGUAAGUCAUCUGUCAUAUAAAAUGUUUGCACAGGGACAUAGAAAGCUGCUACCUGUUGAACCAUGUCUACAUCCCAUUGAAUUUAAUGGGGCUUACUCCAGGGUGAGGUUACUAUUGCAGCCUUAGAUGGUUUAUAAAAUAAAUGCACAGAUACACACAUAGCGGCUUCCACACCCUUUGUGCCUGUUUCACGUGUGCCUGUUUCACUGCAUUUCCUGUGAUGGAAUUUACAACAUGAGAAUGAUGUAUAGUCCAGGAUAUUUUGUUUUUAUUUUAUGUGUUAAUGGCAUUUAUAUGUCACCCAAUAAGAGUGUUUUCUGGCUAGUGUGCAAAUAAUACAAUAUUAAAAUUUUUAAAAAUCUCAUAUAAAAAUCCCAGCAUUAAAAAAUCAGCACAAGAAUUUCAGCCGCAGAGAGUUAAGUAGCAUCAAUGAAUAAUAUUUGCUGGUGCAGAUUGGCUGAGAAUCUUUUAGUGCCUUAGCAGUACUUGUCUGAUUUCAAGCCCUCUAAGAAGGAACUGUGUUGCUCUGACAGAGCAAGUGUGCUUGGCACUGAAUUAAUAUUCUGUUGAGGAAUGAAGCACCUAUCCUGCGACCUAUCAAGUGUUUGUUGCUUCUCAGUUUAGGGUGAAAAUUAUUGUGCAUCAAGGCUAAGGAUGCAGGGGGAGGGGCAGAAUUCGAUACAGUUCACAUUUAAAGGUGAAUAUACCCGAUUCUCACUUUCUGAAACAAAAUGAGAACCAAAACGCAGUCACCCUUCAAAAAUCACACUUCUCCAAAUCUUGCAAUCCAGUUCUCUAGCCAAGUAAUAUGUACAAAAAUGCAAACACUGGGGCAAAGUGUGCCUAGAAACGCAUGUAAUCUGGACAAUGACGGACCAAAAUGCAUUAUCCGGGGGGGGGGGAUAUGCUUUGCGAAAAUGCAUGCAAAUGUGCAUGUUACGAGAAAUUCAUUAAAUAAAUUACAAACUGAUAAGGAAAUGUGAAGAACUGAAACUGACAGAAAGGAAAAUUGAUAGAUUCCUCCCCUCCCCUCCCCUCCCCCCUAAAAGGUGAAUUUUGACAUUUAAAGCAAUGUCAAGGGUCAGGCUGCAUGAAGGACCAUCUCCUCUUAUGUGAAUCUGCCCAUCUGAUGAGAUUGCCUUUUGCUCCCCUCUUACCUGUGCCAUUUCAUUUUGAAGCAAGAUUGGUGGCAAAACGUGAGAGGGCUUUUGCUGACCGCAUCCAUGCCAUACACUUAACGCACAUGGCUUGCCCCCAAAGAACCCUGGGAAGUGUAUGUUACCCCAACAGUGCUACAAUUCCCAGCACCCACAACAAACUAUGGUUCCCAAGAUUCUAUGGUGGUGGUAAGGUGCUUUAAAUGUAUGGUGUAGAUGUGACUUCUCUGGUGGGGACAUGAAUAUGCCCCAAUAAUUCAGGUUAUCUUCCUCUUCAUUCCUUUUCUGUUGGUAAUUGAAAACCAUCCUUUUAAAACAAGCUUCUGAUUCUAUUCCUGCCACAUGCAUUGAUAACUACUGUCAGUCUUUGGGUUUUGGCUUUUUUCUGGAGUUUUUUGCUUUGUUGAUUUUGAGGAUCGGAUUAUUGUUGCUUUUAGCUUCCUUUUUUUAUUUGUAAGCUGCUUUGAGCAACUCCUUUGUGGAAGGGAAUUGCAGGGUAAUAAAUUAUUUCUGAAAACGUUUUCAUUUUAAAUAAAAAUAUCACAACAUCAUUUUGAUAUAUCUUUCAACAGAUAAGGGUUUUAUCAAUUUCACCAACGCAAAGGAAGAUUUUGAAGCUGAUGUGGCGGAAAAGUUGUGCCUUGAAGUCACACUAAUAGCAUAUCCAUCAAUUAGAUGUAUAUGGAUGUCUUCCCAAAUGUCAUUUCCUUGUAUACAGACUUACACAGAUGUUUACAGGUAAUUAACUUUCUUUGAAUGUGCUUCUGUUGUGUGUAAUGACUUUCAGCCACUGUUUUCUGCACCCUUCUGAGUCAACAGGUUUAGAACCGUUCUGCGUAUUUGUUUCCCGUGUUUUGUAUCUGUAUUGCCACAAUCUCUGGUUGCCCCAAUUAGAUAAAAAGGUGAUUGAAAAAGACCCUUAAUGGUUCUUGUUUUAGACAAAAAUGCACUUCAAUCUACCCCAUGCUCUGCUUACCAUCUCAUGUUGCACAUUGUAUUUCUUCGUUUCUUCAGAGUCAAUGCAGCAGAAAACUCAGGACAUAUAUAAACCACCAUCAAUGGUGUCUGCAGGAGGCCUUUAGUCUUGCAGUGAUCAAUUGGCUAUAUAAGGAAUGAGAGGAUCUUUUCAUUAUUCUAGUUUCAAGCUGUAUAUAUUUUGCUUUAGUACCCCCAUCCCACCCACCCAAAAAUCAAUUGACCCGUUUUGUGUACUUGCAAGAGCACACAUCCUUUGAGGCAACCACGAGGAGACAUUAUUAUUAUUAUUAUUAUUAUUAUUAUUAAUAUGAUGAUGAUGUAUACCACCCUUCUUCCAAAGAUCAUAGGCCAGUUCACAACAUAAAAAUACAAAAUGAGAACACAAAAUAUAUAAUAAAACAAAAACAAAUCAUUAACCCCCCCUCCCACAAACACAUUUAAAAGACCGUUGAAUGUUAACCAGCCGAAGGUCUCGUUAUAGAGAAACGCUUUUGCCUGGCACCUAAAGAUUUGUAACAAAGGCUGUGCCUGCUCUGUACUGGAUCCAAAGCUGUGACUAAUGUGUGUAAAUCCAUGGCAGAGCAUCUUCUUUGGAUGCAGAAAGGUCCUGGUCCAAUCUCCAGCAUCUCCAGGUAGGGCUACCUGUUGGGCCCUGUCUGAAACCCUGGAGAGCUGCUGAAAGUCAGUGCAGACAGUGCUGAGCUUGGUGGACCAAUGGUCUGAUUCAGUAUAGGGUAGCUUCCUAAAUACUAUUCAAAGAACAAUACGGAUAUUCACUGUGAUGGUUGCUCUGUCUCCCAUCUUCAACUAUAAAUCCAUAGGCACAGCACAGACCACCUGAGUGAAGCUCACAAACUACUGCUGGUUCACGGACCACAGUUUGAGAGCCCAUGGUCUACAAUGACUGGCCAAAUCCCUAUGGGGUUUCAGGAAGGGGGGCUUCUCCUAGCCCUCCCUGGAGAUGCCAAGGAUUGAAUCUAUGCAAAGCAAAUUUCCUGAGCCCUCCGAGCACAGAUCUUCUGGGAUGGGGGAGAGAAGCCAUUUCCCUACUCAGUUGCCCACUGCGGUUCUUCCCAAUGGAUAAAAGAGGACCUAUAUCUUUUCCCUCCUAGGGAGAAAAGAGGCUAGGAAGGGAGGGGAGAUGCCAAGCAGAUCUCCCUCUCUAGUUCUCUGCUCUGCCUGAAGCCAAAUGGAAAGUAAAUUUCCGCACAGCACUCUCUUUUUGGGCUUUUGAUUUCAAGCCACACCACAAUGACUCCCAUCCACCUACAACUUCCUCUAAGCUUUUCCAGAAAAUGUUCUUAGUGCCCUUUGGUUUUUCUGUUCCCUCUUUGUAAAAUAGAAGGUAUCUCUCCGCUCACUUUCACUUCCCCAGAAUUAAACCAAAAACGUAUCAAUGUCUAUUGCAAGCCUUCCCUUAUUUUCAAGCAGGCUGGCUGAAACUCCUGCACUGAAUCGGUCUCAUGAAACUGAAAUUCACGUAUAAAUGCUACUUGAUUCCCUACAUUUUAUUACCCUUUUAUGUAUACAGUGGUACCUCAGGUUAAGUACGUAAUUCGUUCCGGAGGUCCGUUCUUAACCUGAAACUGUUCUUAACCUGAAGCACCACUUUAGCUAAUGGGGCCUCCUGCUGCCGCCGCGUCGCUGGAGCCCAAUUUCUGUUCUUAUCCUGAAGCAAAAUUCUUAACCUGAAGCACUAUUUCUGGGUUAGCGGAGUCUGUAACCUGAAGCGUAUGUAACCUGAAGCGUAUGUAACCCGAGGUACCACUGUACUAGCCAUUUGUUACAUCAGAGCCCAAUUAUAUGUCACAUCAGCCUUCCGCAACCUCCAAAUGUUGGACGACAACUGCCAUCAUCCUAUACUGGCUGGGGAUGAGGAGUUUUGUAGUCUGAAACAUCUGCAGGGCACAGGGGAGGGUAAAGUUGCCUUCCGUCAGUCACACUUUUCUAUUUUUAAAAAGGAGCUUGCUUCGAUCGGCCACUUUUAUUUUGAACUGCAAGGGACGAGGGUGGGUGGGAGAGUUUUGAGACUAGUGGGUGAGUGGGUGAGAGGGGAGAGGAAUUUGGAAGUUGCCAAAUUGGUGUCUUAUGUAAGAUGAAAAUCAUGAGUCACUGAGAUCCGUUUCCCAAAGACUCCCUGCUUGAAACCUUGCAGAACUGCUGCCAGUUUGUGUAGACAGUACUGAGCUAAUUGGAGCAGUGAUCUGACUUGGUAUAAGACAGCUUCCUAUGUUCCUAAAUCACUGGCAACAUUUGUUAAGCACAAUUUUUGAAAUAUUUAUACAAUUAACUAACAUGUUAAGGUAUCUGUAUUUGGGUUCUGUCUGUUCUGCAUUGAAACUGAGUAGUAGUAUAUGUCUUCUUUCUCUUCCUCUGUAAAGUACAAAAUGGCUAUUUAUAAAAUAUGACGCAGGGUGAGAUUCUGUAGCAGUGCCCAAAGUUGCCGGACAAGAAAACAUAAACACUGCCACAUUGGUCCUUGAGCAUCACUCACCACCAGCAACAGAAGGACUUUUCUCCCUGUUUGUUGUUGUUUUCCAGGAUGUCUGUAACAUACUUAGAUUUAUUUCUGGUCCAUUACAGAAAUGAAUGAUGCUGUUGCAGGAUACACUGAGUAGCUGAAGGAGGGGUUUCCCUGUCACUGAGCGCAUAGAUGUUAUUUGUGCAGAAUGUUUUUAAAAUGUUGCCUUUCUAAAGGAUGCUUUGCAGUCUUAUUUUUGCCCAUCUGUCCAAGGCAGCCCUUCCACAGCCAGAUUUCUUUUCCAAAGUUGAGAGGAGCAGAUUCCUCUGGUACUGCUGUGUGCUUAAACACUAUUUUUGAAGUAGCAGGUAUACAAUUAUGUAUACAGCCAUUCUUCCCUGGGAAUUGUGGCUGUGAUAGGGAGGUGAUCUCUGGCAGGUGCCUUCCAAAGCCAGCUUUCCCUUGCUUCAAUGCAGGAAGGUUGCAGAACCAGUUUUUCAGAGCUCGCUCCAUGGCAGAGAAAGGCAUCUGGUAAGGGCACUUUCAAAGGGCUUUCAUUAUGUGACAUUGCCACUGCAGUUGAUGAGGAACACAGAGCUCCCUAUAUGUUGUUGGAACCCUGACCAUUGGACCACCCUCUAAGAACAAGAGGCUGGACCAGGUGGGCCUUGGGCCUGAUCCUACAGGGCUCUUUGCAGUGGCAGACCUACAUUUAUGGGGUCCUGAAGCUUGGACGGUCAUGGGGCUCCCUUCACAACCAGCAACAAGGUCAGGGUAACCACUGUUAUCUUCCUCCAUGGCAGAUCACCACAUCCUAACAUCUGUGCUACUGACUCUCAAACUUUGGGGUUGUUAAAAUAUAGACAACAAAAAAUUAAUCAAUUUGAGUCGGGCAACGCAAAUUGGGUCUACUAGACCCAACAUUUUUAAGCAAUGUAGACCAAAGUCACCUCUGGGGCCUCUCUGGGGCUUCAUUAGUUUCAUCUUUGACCUGUCCCUGCUUCUUUGUAUGUUCUUAUGCUGGCCGGGGCUGGUGAGAGCUAGACUCCACCAAGAUAUUGAGGCUCACAGGGUCCCAUGCCCUAUCUUUGCCCCAGAAGUACUGUGUGGUUGUUCUUACUGGACUAGAAAACCCCUAACCUUAGUAGAAUGGGCACUGAUUCCAAAGGAAUUUCUUCUGUUAGCUGAGGCAGUAGCUGGUGGCAUGGUGGAGUGGAGUCACCUACUGUACCUGACCUUCUGGCAGAUGAGUUGUUGCUGCUUAAAGAGAGGAGAAAGGGACGUGGGUGGCGCUGUGGGUUAAACCACAGAGCCUAGGACUUGCCGAUCAGAAGGUUGGUGGUUCGAAUCCCCGCGAUGGGGUGAGCUCCCGUUGCUCGGUCCCUGCUCCUGCCAACCUAGCAGUUCGAAAGCACGUCAAGUGCAAGUAGAUAAAUAGGUACCGCUCCGGCGGGAAGGUAAAUGGCGUUUCCGUGCGCUGCUCUGGUUCACCAGAAGCUGCUUGGUCAUGCUGGCCACAUGACCCGGAAGCUGUGCGCCGGCUCCCUCGGCCAAUAAAGCGAGAUGAGCGCCGCAACCCCAGAGUUGGCCACAACUGGACCUAAUGGUCAGGGGUCCCUUUACCUUUACCUUACAGGGAGGAGAGGGGGAAAGGACAAUGUUGUGGGGAGCGCAGCACAGUGCAAAUGUACCACAGAGCCAAUCUAGUGCUCCUACUCGUGCAUAUUCACUGUGCCCCCUGCAUAUUCAGCAGUGACUCACCUGCUUGGAGGUUAGGUAAAUGUCCCUGCCCUACCAUGCUGUCUGCUACUGAGUUGAUGAACCUCUUUCCAGAACUAAUGUUUUCAAGGUGAGGGCACCAUUCCUAUUCAUGGAAGAGGGCACCGAUGUAGCUUGGCCACGAUGCUAUACUGGGUUCUCAUUCUUUGAUAGCUGCCUGGUUUGGUUUAAAAACAACAACCACCUUUUAAAUCGCAAAUGCAUAUGGAUACAUGCUUGGGUGACUCUUCCUUCCUUCCUUCCUUCCUUCCUUUGUGAAACAGCAUCUCUUCAAAAUUCUGUGACCAUAAGGACAAACCAGGGGAAUAUGUGUUCUACGCAGAAAAUGACGAUUUGUCUGUGAGCAGGACAUUAAAACUCUACGUGAAAAGUGAGUUCAAAAGAGAGAGGGAGGGAGAGAACAGAUUUGAAAUGCUUGCCUCCAUGCUGCUGUUGCUUGUUUGUUCUUCUUCUUGUGAGGGUUGGGAGACAAAUGCAAUUCAGUUUGCAUUUAAAGCUAAACCCACCUUAUUCUCACUUCCUGAAAGCAAAAACACAGCCAUCCUCUGAAAUUUGCACUUUCUCUGAAUUUUGCAAUGCCAUUCUCCAACCACGUAGUGUGUACAAAAAUGCAUUAUGCAGGUUAAAGUGUGAAAAAUAACAACAACAAAAAGUGCAUUGCGUUAUGGGAAAUUGCUCUGCAAAAAUGUGAAUACUUAACCAACUACAGUUCCCAAUAUUUUCAGAAGCCUUGUGCUUUAAAUGUACAUUGUGUAUGCAGCCCAAGAGAGGCCUGGCUCAAGGAGAGAGAUACCCUCACCCGCAGCCUUACAUCGCAUACCCUCCAACACUUUGAAGCCAAAAUCUGGGACACAAAAUCUUCCCAUUUUUUUUAUCAUGAGAGCAUGGUGGCCAUUUUGGAGUUCAUCUCCACUUUCAGGCUGAGAGCUAGCGUUUGUCUGCAGACAGCUUUCGUGGGUCAUGUGGUCAGCAUGACUAAACCGCUUCUGGUGCACAGAACAUGGUGACGAGUGCCAGAGCACAUGGAAACACUGUUUACCUUCCUGCUGCAGCGGUACCUAUUUAUCUACUUGUGCUGGUAUGCUUUUGAACUGCUAGGUUGGCAGAAGCUAGGACAGAGCAAUGGGAGCUCACCCCGUUGUGGGGAUUCAAACUGCCAACCUUACGAUCGGCAAGCCCAAGAAGCUUGCUGGUUUAGACCACAGCGCCACCCGUGUCCUGCAGGUCAUGUAUUUAUGGGGAGGCUCAAAGUAUAGGGAGUCUUGUUCUGAUGAAGUUCAGGAAUUCUUGUUCUAAAGUGCUCUGUGCUGUUUUGCUGUAUCUUUUGCAGGGAAACCUGUUUUAAAAAUGUACAAGACAUCAACUCAGAUUUCUUGCGCCGCUGAGAGCAGGCCUGCAGCAUCUUGGGUCUGGAGACAGUGUCGGGACGAGAAAACAAAGUAAAUAAAGAUGUUGAUGGCCUUUUCCAUGGAUGUUAGCAGCUGCAUUUUUAAAAGCAGCUGAGAUGCUGUGGUGUGGUUUAAGAUUCUGCAAGAAGUUCUGUUUGCGGCACCAGCAAAGAUCCCUCUCAUCCAAGCUCCCCAUUUACCUGUACUAUACCUGACAUCAUAUAUGGUUUUCCACCCUUGUUCCAGCCCAUAGUAUGUUUAUCUAAACACAUCUGUUAAAUACAAAUUAUCUGUGAGCUAAAAAAGCUAAGUGAUCAGCUUCUCCAUUCCUACACAGCUACUGAAAGAAUAUUAAGAUAUAUGCAGCACACACUUCUGAUGAUGCCCUUGACUUUUUAGAUGUUUGGGUAAAAAAUGAAAAACGUAAAUGGCUCUCUUCUCCCCACAGUUGCACAGAAAUCGCAGGUGGAAUAUCAAACAACACGUAUGACGGAAAUACUUUUGGUUUCCAGAUUGUAAACAGCACUUUAGAUCUAUCGGAAGUAGAAGACAGAUUUUACGUAGAGUGCUGUGCCAACAAUUCAGUGGGCUUUGACUGUGGAACAAGCUUAAUUGAAAAAGGUAUUGUACGGAGGUGCCUGUAAAGAUAGAUUUGGCAGUCUGUGUAAGGAGGAAUAGCCAAUGUGGUACCCUCCAGAUGUUUUCGAAUUGCAGCUCCCAUUAGCUUCAGCCAGAAUGGUGAAUGGAUGAUGGGAACUGCAGCCCAAUAACAUCUGUGACAUGUUGUGGAAAAGGGGAGAGGUUUGCACUUUCUCAGGCAAUUGGCAAGAAUUGCUUAUAUGCAACAGCUGGAUUUUAGAGUCCCAAAGAGAUCUGCCCCCAUGGAACUUUGAACAAACUAUGCAUUUUUACUAACCUGACUUUGAACUUCAGUUGAGUUUUCAAGACCCAAGUCCUUUGCCUCUGAUUCCAUGAUGUGCUGGAACCAUGGGAACAUAACCUUUGGGUUGCUGAGUUGUAUCUUGUCUCCCCACCAUCUUCUUAUUGUGCUAUGCCUUCAUGGUAAACCCUAAGACAAGUCACAGUUUGCAUUUUACAAGUGGGAAACUGAGGCUAGAAGAUAGUGGUUAGACCAAGACUUCUCAGUGAUACCAUGGAAGCGGUGGGUGGGACUCACUUAAAUCUGGAUCUCUUAAAUUUAAAUAUAAAUGAUUGUUCAGCUGGGAACACACUGACCUCUAAAGAAUAAUACUGUGCUCACCAAAAAAAAGGAAGCAUGACAGGUUUUAAUCUGUCUCAUUUAUGGGUAUUGUGUGGUGGUUUGUUUUAAUGUUGCUAUUGGCUUGUUUCUAUGAAUGACUCCAACAUCCUUCUGUUUGCUCUAUGGGAGCCACAUUAUAAUACAAAGCGUGGGUUCCAUGCUAAAUUCCAUGGUAUGUAAAAAUAUAUUAAAUGUUUGUACUUCAGAGAUGAGUCCUGUGGCACCCUGAAGACCAACAUCUCUAUUGCGGCAUGAGCUUUUGUAGAUAAGACCAUGUUUCAUCACAUGUGCAAAGUCAUUUUAUCUUUAAUGAUACAAUGAAGUGCUUAACAAUCCACCUCUCUUCAAAUUGCAGGAGAACAUCCCCUGUCCGAUAAUGUUGCAUUAUAUGCAACUGCUGGAUUCUGCUUUUCGGUCAUUGCUGUGUUGUGUGUCUUAAUUUGCCAAAACUACAAAAAGGUAACAGCUGAACCCAAUGUCUGUCUUUUUCACUUUGCUCUGUUACCUUGAAUGUCCUUUUCACUAUUCCUCUUUUCCCAUUCCCUGUAGCAAUCGAGGUACAAAAGCCAGCUGCAGAUGAUACAGAUGGUUGGAUCUUCCUCUAACGAAUACAUCUAUGUGGAUUUCAGCGAGGUUGAGUAUGAGCUCAAGUGGGAGUUUCCCAGAGAAAAUCUGGAAUUUGGUGAGUUUGGUGGCACUCAUCGUAAGAUUAGCAAACACAUCACCAAAGUGCAAGAUGAGGAGGACAUGUUCAUUUCCCUUUUUCUUGUAGGGCAAGAACUUGGUUCCGGUGCUUUUGGGAAAGUGGUGAAUGCCACGGCAUAUGGAAUUAGUGAAACGGGAGUGUCUGUCCAGGUCGCAGUCAAGAUGCUAAAAGGUAGUCUAUCCAUGUAUAUUGUAAUGCAGGGAUGAGGAAUCUGUGGCCCUCCAAAUGUCCUUGGACUCCUUUAUAACUGACUAUUGGCUGUGUUUGCUGGAGAGGAUGGGAGCUGGAGUCACAGAAUCGUAGAAUUUUAGUGUUGAAAGGGACUCCAAGGGUCAUUUGCCCAACCCCCUGCAAUGCAGGAAUCUCAACUAAAGCAUCCAGGACAGAUGGCCAUCCAACCUCUGCUUAAAAACCUCCAAGGAAGGAGAGUCCACAACCUCUCCUCUGUCUAACAAUUCUCACUGUCAGAAAGUUUUUCCGUAUGUUUAGUUGAAAUCUCCUUUCUUGUAACUUGAAGCCAUAGGUUCAAGUCCUACCCUCCAGAGCAGGAGAAAACAAGCCUGCUCCCUCCUCCAUGUGACAGCCCUUGAGAUAUUUGAAGAUGGCUAUCAUAUCUCCUCUCAGUCUCCUCUUUUCUAGGUUAAACAUACCCAUCAACUGUGUGUGUGUGUGUGUGUGUGUGUGUGUGUGUGUGUGUAAAUUCUCCCUCUCUCCAUUUUAUCCUCACGACAACCCAGUAAGGUAGACUAAGGGUUUGUGACAGGCCCAAGGUCACCCAAUGAGUUUGCUGGCUGAGUGGGGAUUUGAACUCUGCUCUCCCAGGUCCUAGCCUAGCAGUCUAACCACUACACCACACUGGCUCUCAUGUGGAGGUCCACACGUUUCACACUCCUGCUGUAAAGGCUGUAACCUGUUCUUGAUUUGGGGGGGGGGGAGCCUAUCUUCAGUUCGGUGUCUGGGGUGCUUGUCUGGAAGCACGAUCAAGGCAGAGCAGGCCAAUGCAACCGCCAUUCACAGUGAAGAGGCAAGGCAAGGUGACAAGGGUCAUUAGGUUGCUUGGUCUGACAUCAGCUUCAUCUACUCUGUAGAGACAAAUUGCUCAGGCUGAAGAAACAGAAUCUAGGGAUUUAGAAAGGUCAAGUGAAACUCCUGUUGGUGCCCUGCCUUGCAUCGCCUGGCAACUGCUGAGUCAGCAAGCCGCAGGAUCUACUUCUGACCCAGCUGCAUUGGCGACACCCAAGCGGAGCAGAUCCCUGGCAAACAGCUCCCUCUUCUGACAACUUGCUGUGGUGGCACAGAGAGAAAAGCACUUGAGUCGGACUCUGAAAGAUGCCCAAUCCUGUUUCCUUGUAGUGAGCCCUUGCAUGAGUGCUUAACUGUGCUUAAUGUGCUGGUCCCAGGGGUAACCCAAGAAACGCGGUCCAGGUCCAGUCCAGAAUCCAAAGAUUCCACUAGGAGUCAUUCCGACAGGGCCAAGGCAGGACAUGAGGCAGAAAACCAGGCAAGGACAGGUACAGGAUCUCAGAUAGGAUCUGGCAAUCAGCAAUGUUGCUCCCACAACCUGGGGCGGGGUCCAACAGCCUUUUAUCUUUGUUGGGGUAACAGCUGGUCCUGAUCCCCCGGCGACUCACCUCCCUGUUUCGCCCAGAGGUGAGCACUCCUCCUGCGAGUACUCAGGUCUCUCCUUCUCUCAGACCUCAGUCUCUGCAGCUCGGGAGACAUCGGUGGGUUACUAGACCCAGGGGCCGCCUCAGCCUCCCCUGACCAAACUGGUAGUGGAGCAGCUGUAAGUGAUGGCCCAGCUGGAGGCAAUCCCCGCAUCUGGAGCCAGGGCAGACUCAGGCCCCUGACUUGGCCCAGCUGGUGUUUGUUGCAGGGGAACCUGUGCAGACUGGGACUCUUCAGGAUCAGCCCCCAGACUUUGUUCAGAUGAUGCCUGAGGCAAAGGGUCUGGUGCAGACUGAGACUCCUCUGGUUCUGAGUCCGAGUCCCAGGCCAUCACACUUAAGAACAUAGGAAGAGCCAGACUGGAUCCAGCCAAAGGCCCAUCUAGUCCAUCAUCUUGUUCUCAUAGUGUCAACCAGAUGUAUCUGAGAAGACCAAAAGCAAGACCGAAGCACAACAACGCUCUCCCCUUUUAUGAUUCCCCGCAACUGGCAUUCUAGAGGCACGAUGCCUCUGACAGUGGAGGUAGAUACAAAGCUAGCCAUUAGCAUUUCAAAACAUCUGCAGACUCUGAUUUUUCUCCUACGAGUUUGUGCACACUCGUGUUGUUUGAGGGAGAUCUAUUGCAAUCCAAAGUUUCUGGUGGCAUGUCUUCCCUCUCUUUGCUGUAGGACUAUUAUGUGUGAUGCAGAUGUGUCACAGUUGUGAGUAGGUGGUCAUGUAUCGGAGAACAGUCCUUUAUUUGAAAGAGUCCUUUGUCUGAAGAGCUGCCUAAUCCAAAGCUUAAAUUGCUUGUAGUUUUCAGAACAUGAUGGUGAUUCUGAGGAUGACGUCAGCACCGAAGCAAAGAAACCAUUAAAAUGUGAAUUAUGUUUGGGCUUUGAUUUGCGGAACAUCAAGCAAAAGUCCCUGGAUAUCUGACUUCAUCUCCCACAGAAGCCAGGGGUGUUUUUUUCAGACCUAUGCUGGCCAUUACAGCUGCAUACACAACAUGCAUUUCAAUCACAGUUAAAGUACACACAGCUAACGUACGUUUCCUGGGAAACGUUCCUUAUAGUUAUUCCUAUGAACAGCAAGUAAGUCCCAUUCCAUGGAGGUUGAUCCAUUAAGGUGAAUGGGGCAUUGCCUCACCAAGGACAAUCUGCCCUUAGCCAGCCCCCACCUCCUCCUUACUUCCAACCAAUCCAGGGGAUGUUACUAGCUGGCUGUCAACUCCUCAUUAGCCUCAGUGUUGCCUUUGUAGAACUCAUCAGGGAGGAGGUUCAGGUUGCCUCUGCCUAUCAUUGGCUCUGACUUCACCAUCAUUUCCUGUUGGCUGCUCUGGUCUUCUGCUCCACCAACCCCAGUGGGCACCAGCCUCCCCUGGCCCCAUUGACUUCACUUUCAAGUAACCACUCAUACGGCUGAGCUCUUGGAGGAAGUGUAAUCCCAUUCUGCUUUCCAUGCAUUGGAUUGAUCUCCAUCUAUUACCAUACCAAAUUACUGCCUCUGCUGCUACAGCUAAAGUCAACCUUUACAGUGGUUACCAAUACAGUGGUCUUAAGUUUAGGAUUUAGCAUUGUACACUGAGAAUCUAAAGCCGUUUCCCUCAUCCUAGUGCUUUCCAGGCAUUGCUGGACUACAGCUCCCAUCAAGUCAGCAUGGUCAGUGGUGAUGGGUGAUGAGAGUUGUAGUCCAAAUCUCUGAAGGUUGGAGGAGGCUGAUCCUAAAUCCUUUAAUUGCAUGGACUUAAUCGCCCUUCCCAGUAUAGGCAAACAUAACUACACUUCUGUUGCUGUUGCAUUUACAGACAAAUACAGCUCUUCCGAAAAAGAUGCUCUAAUGACUGAACUCAAGAUGAUGACUCGCAUUGGCAGUCAUGAAAACAUUGUGAAUCUGCUUGGAGCUUGUACCAUAUCAGGUAAGGAGCUGAACAAGCCAGUAGGCAAAGCCAUCUACUUAUGCUGGACCCUCCAAUGUGACCUCUUUUUGCCUGGGUUGAGUACCCAAAUGUAGAAUUAGCAUUGGCCUGUUGUGCCUGUAGCUCCUGUCCAAUGGAAUGAAAAUUCACAUUUAGGGGAUCUGCUGAGUCUUUGAUGGAACUCGGGAGACCAUAGAUCAGUGGCAGAGCACCUGCUUUGCUUGCAGAAGGUUUCAGGUUCUGUUUCUGGCAUCUCCAGUUAAAAGGAUCAGGCAACAGGUGUUGGGAUAAACUUCCCUCUGUCUGAGACCCUGGAGAGCCACUGCCAGUCAGAGUAGACACUACUGGGCUAGAUAGCUAUACAGACCUUUAGUCUGAUCUAGUAGACAGCAGUUUCCUAUGUCCCAAAUGGCCUUUCUGCUGUAACUACCAAGAGUCUGGGCAGCCACUCUGGGCAGCUUCCAACAAAAUGCAGAAAAAACAGCAGCAGCAGCAGCAACAACAACAACAACAACAAACAUCAAACAUUAAUAGCUUCCCUAAGAGGGUGGCCUUCAGAAGUCUAUGAAAAAUUAUAUAGUUGUUUAGCUCUUUGACAUCUAAUGGGAGCAAAAUCCACAGGGUGGACGCCACUACCGAGAAGGCGCUCUGUCUGGUUCCCAGUAACUUCACUUCUUGCAAUGAGGGAACUGCCAGAAGGCCCUUGGAGCUGGACCUCAGUGUCCGGGCUGAACAAUGGGGGUGGAGACGCUCCUUCGGGUAUACUAGGCCAAGGUUGUUUAGGGCUUGAAAGCUCAACACCAACACUUUGAAUUGUGCUCGGAAAUGUACUGGGAGCCAAUGUAGAUUUUUUUAAGGACUGGUGUUAUGUGGCCCCAGGGCUGCUCCCAGUUGCUUCCUUUUUCACUGUUUGCUAUCUGGUAUCUGAGUAACAGAUUUUUAUUUUUUAAAAAACUUUCCAGGACCAGUUUACUUGAUUUUUGAAUACUGUUGCUAUGGAGACCUUUUGAACUACUUGCGGAGCAAACGAGACAGAUUCCACAAGACCUUGACUGAUGUCUUCCGACAGCACAAUUUCAGCUUUUACCACAAUUUCCCACAGUACGCAAACUCAAGGUAAGGAGCACUGAGCCAGUUGUGGCUUGGGCAAAGCGAUGUGUUAGAGGCCCUUGUGUGCCAAGCAAAGGGGGAGGGAAUAGUGCCGCCCGCUCUCUUUGGCGGGGCUGUGGCACGCAAGGAAGCUGCCAAGGCAGCUCUCUCAUGCCCGACCACUACAGCUCCAUUCCUGGGUCAAGCCCGAACUGGGGAUGCAGUGGGCUUUCUCCACACAACGCUUCCCUUGGGGGCGUUCCCCACAUGCCCAUCCCGGGUGGUUGUAGCAUACACCUCUGUGGUGGUGAUGGGGUCUUUCCCAUAGCAUUAGCCACCUGAGACAGCUGCCUCACUCUACCUAAUGGUAGCACAGGCCCAGCAGGCAGAUUCAUGCAGAUAGUAGUCCAGUGGAAGAAUCUGAUCAUUUCCCUCAACGACAGGUUACCUAGACUGAGGGAAAGUAUCAAUUCUGGAGGCUUUAUAUUAACCACCACCAGCUGAUUGGUUCUCUAGUGUCACCUGACUCAUUGGGCCAGUGGUUCUGCCUUCUGAUCAGCAGUCCUGGCAGUGCAAGGAGGCUGUAGCUGAUCUGCAUUGUUCCUCGUUCGCAUCUCCUGACAACAACUCACAGGGCCAAGUUGCUAGGGUGACUUAAUAAUAAUAAUAAUAAUAUAAAUUUUUAUUUAUACCCCACCCUCCCCGGCCAGAGCCGGGCUCAGGGUGGCUAACACCAGUAAAAUUAUAAUAAAAACAUAAUGGGGGGGGGAGAGAAAAAAAACAAUUUAAAAUACGGGUUAAAAUACAAUUUAAAAUGCAGCCUCAUUUUAAUAGUAGCCCAUAGAUCAAAACCAUAAGGGGAGGGAAACAUAAGGGUCAGACUGAGUGCAAACCAAAGGCCAGGUGGAACAGCUCUGUCUUGAAGGCCCUGCGGAAAGAUGUCAAGUCCCACAGGGCCCUAGUCUCUUGUGACAGAGUGUUCCACCAAGUUGGAGCCAGUACUAAAAAGGCCCUGGCCCUAGUUGAGACCAAUCUAACCACCUUGCGACUUAGGACCUCCAAAGUGUUGUCAUUUGUGGACCUUAAGGUCCUCCGUGGGGCAUACCAGGAGAGGCGGUCCUGUAGGUACGUGGGUCCUAGGUCGCAUAGGGCUUUAAAGGUCAAAACCAGCACCUUAAACCUGACCCUGUACUCCACUGGGAGCCAGUGCAGUUGGUAAAGCACUGGAUGAAUGUGAUCCCACGGCAAGGACCCCGUAAGGAGCCUCGCUGCGACAUUCUGCACCCGCUGGAGUUUCUGGGUCAGCUUCAAGGGCAGCCCCACGUAGAGCGAGUUACAAUAAUCAAGCCUGGAGAUGACUGUCGCAUGGAUCACUGUGGCCACAUCUGGGCAAGAAAGGUAAGAGACCAACUGCUUAAUACGGUGGAGAUGGAAAAAUGCCACCUUUGCUGUGGCUGCAACCUUUGCCUCCAUGGAAAGGGAGGCGUCAAAGGUUACACCCAAGCUCUUGACAGAAGGCACUGGCACUAAUUGAGCCCCUGCAAGAGAUGGAAGUUGGUCCCCCAACCCCAUGUCAUCCCGACCCCGCCAGAGGACCUCUGUCUUCAAAGGAUUUAACUUCAACUGGCUCCCACGCAGCCAUCCAGCCACAGCUUCCAAGCAUCUGGUCAGUGUGUCUGGAGCUGAGUCAGGGCGGCCGUCCAUCAACAGAUAAAGCUGGGCGUCAUCAGCAUAUUGAUGACAACCCAGCCCAAAGCUCCCGACAAUCUGGGCAAGGGGACGCAUAAAGAUAUUAAAAAGCAUCGGGGAAAGGAUCGCACCCUGCGGGACUCCACACACCAAGGAGUGCCAUGGUGACAACUCCCUCCCUAGCGCCACCCUCUAUCCCCGACCUGAGAUAAAGGAGCGGACUAUGCCCUGAAUCCCCACGUCAGCAAGGCGGUGGUCCAAAAGUUUGUGAUCAACCAUGUCGAAGGCUGCUGACAGAUCUAAAAGAAUCAGCAGUCCCGACCCGCCUCAAUCCAUCUGUCUACGGAAAUCAUCUGUUAGGGCGACCAAAGCUGUCUCGGUCCCGUAACCAGGGCGAAAACCGGACUGAAAUGAAUCCAGAGCCGAUGUUUCAUCCAGAAACCCACCAAGCUGUUUGACAACCGCUCUCUCAAUUACCUUACCCAGGUAAGGUCCCUAUAUGAUAUAGUUUGAGAACCACAUCUGCAUGGAAAAGCCACAAGAGAUUGGCUGCUUUCAUUUCUGCUGUGUAUUGAACCUGAUCAAGUCAAAACUGUCACAAAUCCUCUUUCAAAGACUCUGCUGUUUAAAUUGAAUGCAUGCUAUCGUGAUGAAUUCUGCAAGUGAAAAAUUCUAAGCACAACACAAUCCAAAUGUUUAUUUUUUUAAAAAAAAUUAAUGUAUUUACGCAAAUUUUAAUUUCUAUUUAUUUGGGUUCAUUCUAUUUAUUUGGGUUCAUUCCUAUGGAUGUCAUUUUUACUAUAGCAACCCCUUUUUCUUAAAAAAAAAAAAAAUCUUUUUCAGAAAUGAAUAUAUACUAAGAAAUGGAUCAUAUAUUCCAAAGGAUGACUUUGGAAACACAUCUGCAAAAAAAGACUUAGAUUUGGCCUCUAAAUUGUGCAGAAUUGCCCUGCUUGCUGAGGAAGGUAAGAAAUCAAAGUCUCCUUUUGGGUUGUAAUUGUGGGUUUUUUAAAAAAAUGGUCUGAAGUAAUGUAGUCAUUUGGCAAACAAUACUAGUGACAGAAACUCAAGCCUUAGCGAAAUAAAGCUCUUGCCAUUGUUUUUCACUUGUAGAAGGAAUGAAAUAUGUGAACAGGGGAAUAGAUGAUGAAGAGGACCUCAAUGUGCUGACUUUUGAAGACCUUCUCUCCUUCGCAUAUCAAGUUGCCAAAGGAAUGGAGUUUCUGGAAUCAAAAUCAGUAAGCAUGAUGUGUGAAAAUUUGUUCAGAUGAUAAAGAGAACAAAAAUGCAUACAGUGGUCCAAAUCCUAUGACCUCCUCUCCUCUCCAGCUGGAUGUUCCAGCUCAGAACUACAAAAAAAUAAAAUACUUAAUUAGAAAUGGACUUUUAUGAGAGAAAUACGUUUUUCUGGUGUGUGUGUAAAUACUAGGACCAGCCCCAACAUUAGGCAGAAUGAGAUGAUUGCCUCAGGUGGCAGAUGCUGUGAAGCAGAGAACGCUGGCGAGAUGUCGAAGGACAGUUUCAUGUUGUUGAUAAAACCUGCCUUAUGUCCUCUAAGGAAGACUGCUGCCCUCAGGAGGUUACUGUCCCAUCGCCACUCUAAUCAGCUUCUUCACAUGGAAUAAGGGUGCUUUCUUGCCCUUUGCUUCAGGCAUCAGAAUGUUUUAGGUCAGUCCUGGUUGUUGCCAUAGUUGCUUAUGAUGCAUCUCUCUGGAACGCAAAUGGCUAGAGGGGAAUUGAGAGCAACCUCUUCUCUCUGCUGCGGCGGCUCUUCUCUGCCAAAGGAACGCUGCUGCCAGUUCAGCAGAGCUGGCUCAGAAACUAGCAUGUUUUACCAAAUACACAAGAACACAGUGUGACUAACAUUUGGUCUAGGUAGCAGAAUGCCCUAGUAAGCUCCCCAAGAGGGACUGAGAAGGCCAAAGCCAGUGCUCUUCGAAAGAAAGAAGGUUUUCUAAAUGAGGGAAAAGAAAAGGCAAAAUGUAAACUGAAUUUCUGAAGGCUUGUCUCGGAAGGAGACAGGAGGACAGGAGGUCUAGACGGGGAGAUGAGAUGCCAGGGAACCAAGAACAGCUGUGUGAUGAUGCUCCAGUGCUUGUGGGGAAAGGGGGAGGGAGUGUUGGAAGUUGGAACGUUGAUGGAAUGAGAGAGAAGGAAGAUGGAGGUGUUUACCUGUCCUGCUGUUGUCUGCCUAAAACAUGUCAAAGAAUGGGGGGAGCAAAAAUCCUCAAGGGCAAAGUAAUUCCAAAAAGAAGGGAAGAAGAGGAAGCAUUUCCUGGCCAUCACAGAGGUUUUGCUGGAGAAGCACUGUGGGAUUAUGGGGUGCAAAAACGGGUGCCUUUAGGUGGGAUUUCCAAGAUUUAAUCAGACUUUAAAUCGCUUGGAAUGUGUCUAACUCAGUGUUGUCUACACCAAUUGGCAGUAGCUCUCCAAGGUUUCAGACAAGAGUAGCUAGAGAUGCUGUGUAAUGGGCCCCGCCUGCUAGCCUGCUCCCUAAAAUAUCACUGGUUUUAGAUACCUGUUAGGUCCAUAAAUUACCAUAUAUCAUAUAUUCAACACAAAAAACAGUGACAAUUUGUUGUUGACAAAGGACAGCUGGACAUAUAAAGGGCCCCAUUACCUUUAGUAGCUUAGGGCCUCAUCAAACCUAAAUCCAGCCCUGGCUGUGGUUUGGGACCUUUUGUAUGCAGAGUAUGUGCUCUGCUACUGAGCUGUGUGGCCCUUCCUGUAGCUCAGUAGCUGUAGCCUCCAAGAGGGGAGCAACAAAUAAUUAUUCUGCUGGAGUUUAUCUAUUUGGCAGUCAUUAAAGACUAUCUUUGAUUCUGCAGUAACGAUGCAAUGCUAUAUGGGAACCAUUUGAACUCUGUUCUGAAUUUUGGUGCCCAGUGUUUAUAUAUCAUUGGGAUGGGAAAUGAAUUUCUGCCUUUAACAUGGGAUCAGGUCAAAAUACUCUUCCUUUUGCGUAUGUAAGUCUUAUGCCAAACAAGGGGGAUAGUGCCCUUCAGGAGGAGCCAGGAGGAGCAGCAGAUGUGCUUGCCCAGACAGCGCCACUCUCAGAAGAGCAUGUCAGAGAUAAAUGGUGCAUCGCUCAUCUUUUUGGAGGGUCAGCCAGCAAUCUUCCUUUGAAAAUACUUGUGCACUUCCAUCAAGUGAAAUGUGACUAUUGGUAUUACAGUAUUUCGUACAAUUUCCCUCCAGCACAUAAAACUUUCAGUGAACUGAUCGGCGUUAUCUUUCGGUUCCUUCUUUCUAAGAUUUAUUGCUCAUAGGCUCACCCACUUUUGGUUGUUGUUUUAAAAAAGAGGAUGUGUGCCCUUCAAGUGCUGGAGAGGGGAAGCACCGCAUAGACCAUGAACAGGGAAACAGGGGCCUCCAGAUGAGAACAUUGGAGCAGAGAAAGCUCCUUUACACCAGGCCAGACCGUUGGUCUAUCUAAUUCAGUGUGGUCUACACCGGGGACAGGGCCCUCCAGGGUUCAGAUUCUACCUCCCAUCAUCCUAGGCCAUAGGCAGGGCUAGACAAACCAUUAAGCAAAAUAAGCACAUGUUUACAAACCCUCCAAGUGUCCCUAUUUUGGCAUAUGAUUUGAGCUGCGAAAGGUGUUGGCUUGGAAACAAUCAGGGUCUUAAAUGUUGUUCUUUGGCCGUUGUGAAACAGCGCGUGAAGCAAACUCACACCAUUCUCCCUUGACAGUGUGUUCACAGGGAUCUCGCUGCCAGGAAUAUUCUAGUCACUCAUGGGAAAGUGGCAAAAAUCUGCGACUUUGGACUUGCGAGGGACAUAGAGAAUGAUUCAAACUAUGUUGUCCGGGGGAACGUAAGUAGAUGCUUUUGGCAGACUCUUUUCAUUGCUUUAUGCUAAUAAUAAUAACGCAGUAGUACUAAGCAUAAGAAUAUAAAAAUAGCCCUGUCAGAUCAGGUCAAAAGCCCAUCUAGUCCAGCAUCUUGUUCUUACAAUAGCCAACCAGAUAUCCAGCAGGAAUCUCCCCACUUGUGCAACUGGUAUUCAGAAACACACCAGUUCUUAUACUGGAGAGUAGUGCACAACCAUCAUGGCUAGUAACCUUCACUAGCCUCAUUCUCCAUGAAUUUGUCUUUAUCCUCCUUCAAAGCCAUUUAACUUGGCGACUCUAAUGACCUCCCGUGGCAAUGAAUUUAACAUAGCUUAACUGUGUGCUGUGUGUACAUGCAGGAAUUGGCAAGUGGAUAAGCUGAUGGUUAAGAACUUUAAAUUAAAAAUAAUCCCUCCAAAAAUAUUGCAAUAUAAGGUUAAAUGUAAGGAAUGGAAUGUGAAUUAGAAAACAAUGCAGCAACAAGAGGAAACUAUGGACACAUGGAAAGCAGAGUGUGGGAAGCCAAUUUUUUUGAAAAAUUGUAUUAAAUUUGCUCUAGUUUGUGGCUGAUUCGUUAAAAUUUGGAAAAUCAAUAAAAACAAUUUUGCAAAAAAACAAAACCCAACCACGCUAUAUGCUGUGUGAAGAAAUACAUUACUUCCUUUUCUUUUUCUGGAUACCUUCCAACAUUCAACUUCCUUAGAUGACCCCAGAUUCUGGUAUUAUGAGAGGGAGGAAAAACACCUCUUUAUUCACCCCCCCCCACAACUUCAGGGGGUUGGAUGAACUCCUUUGCACAUACAGAUUGUGAUCUAGAAUGGCAAUCUGUGCACCAAAGCCUCUUUGUAGGCACAGAUUCCCUUGCUGGGUUUGCUAGAACACACAUAUCUGCUUUCUUCCUAACUUCCUUAUGAAAGGGACCCCUGCCGGAUUAGACUAACUGCCUAUAAAUCCCAUUUCCUGCAGAUGCCUCCAGUAAGCCUGUAACCAGGACAUGAAGGCAAUAGCCUUCUUCUCCUGUCCUUGUCCAACAGCAGCUUAUAUUCAGUAGCGUGAUGUCUAUGAACCUGGAGGCUGCAUAAAGCCAUCUGUCUGAGGGCACCUUCACACAGAAAGUGCUUCCUUGCAGUAAAUACUAAAUCCUUAGCGUAGCUUGUCACACACACCCACACCCAAAGAUAUUUCACUGUGUGUUCACACAGUGGGAAGACAUGCUUGAGAAACUUUUCAUAUAGGGAAUAUAUUUUCAUAUAGGGAAUCGAUCGAGUCUGAAGCAUCCCUGGUUAUCUGUUUUUUAGGUGUUUCAAACAAGAGCAGCUUCAGCAACAUCAUGUGAAAAUCCUAGUUCCUACUCUAGUUCCACUAUGCUUUGCAUGUGCUCCCUCAAAGGCCACAACCACCAUGUUCCAAAGCAGAUAUUCCUCUAAAAAUGAAGUCCGUGCAUACUAAUUGCUAGACUUUGCGCAGUAUUUCUUCUUCUUUUUCCUCUGAUGUGUGGAAGUUUCAGUACAGAAAUGAUUCCUCCCCCCCUUUCCUCUUCCUACAGGCUUGUUUACCUGUUAAGUGGAUGUCUCCUGAAAGCUUGUUUCAAGGGAUUUAUACUAUUAAGAGUGAUGUCUGGUCUUACGGAAUCUUACUGUGGGAAAUAUUCUCUCUUGGUAUGUUCUGGAUUAAGUUGCCUACUUCAGCAUUAAGGAGGGCCCAGAAACAAGGGGUGGCAGAAAAAAUGGGUUCAGUUUGCAUUCAAUGUGGACUUGCCUCAUUGGCACUUUCCAAAGCAAUUCUCUGAAAUUUUCUAGCCAGGUAAUGUUUUCAGAAAUGCAGGGGUUCACAGACAGUGGUAAUAAUAAUAAUAAUAAUAAUAAUAAUAAUAAUAUUUAUUUAUUUAUUUAUACCCUGCCCAUCUGGCUGGGUUUCCCCAGCCACUCUGGGCGGCUUCCAACAAAAUAUUAAAAUACAAUGGUCUGUUAAACAUUAAAAGCUUUCCUAAACAGGGCUGGCUUCAGAUGUCUUCUAAAAGUCUGGUAGUUGUUUUUCUCUUUGACAUCUGGUGGGAGGGCACUCCACAGGGCGGGUGCCACUACUGAGAAGGCCCUCUGCCUGGUUCCCUGUAACUUGGCUUCUCACAGUGAGGGAACUGCCAGAAGGCCCUCGGUGCUGGACCGCAGUGUCUGGGCAGAACGAAGGGGGUGGAGAUGCUCCUUCAGGUCCACAAUCUUCAUUCAAGCCACCCACAGCACAUUUGUGAAUUUGUGGUUGAAGACUGGAAAUAGAACAUCCACUGUAUUAAUGGUGCAUGUGGAUUUUUAAUUGUAUUUUUAUUGCUUCUCUUAUUUCUUACAUUAUUUCUUACAUUAUUUCUUAUUGUAUUACAAUCUGAAUUGGAAUUCAAUAAAAUACAACAUAUGAAAUAAAAGCAAUAAACCUCCAAUUAAAAAUUGUAUAGCAUCCAGCACCAUGCAUUACAAUUGUUAUAAUAGGCAGAAAAAUCAUUAAGUCUCCCCCCCCCCCCCGCAAAGUCUCAGCAGUGUUCAAGUGGUCUUCGGGGAGUGGGGAGGUUUGGGAAUCACUCUACUAGGGUAAAGUGUGCAGGAAAAUAACUUACAGAAUACAUUAUAUUAGGUGAAGUAUGCUUUCCAAAAAUGUGUGUGUUAGGGGAAAUUGAAUACAAAAAUGUGUACAUUAGGAGAAAUUGGCACUAAUAUGCCGAUUAAUCUUCACGAGUUGUUGUUUUUAAAUAACAAAACUGAUGUGGUAAUAUGGAGAAAUGAACUCAAUGAUGUGGGUGCAUUAGGCUACAUACUGCACACCAUAAUUUUAAGCACAUGGCUUUCCUCCAAAGAAUACUGGGAACUAUAGUUUGUUGGGGCAUUAGGAAUUAUAGCUCUAGGAGGGGUAAACCGUAGAUCCCAAGAUUUGCGGGGGGAGAGCUGUUUGCUUUAAAUGUACAGUGUAUAUGCAGUCGUGAAUUGUGUGAAGAAGGGUGUGGCAAGCCUGUUUUUCAACAUCCACUUUUUCACUCUUCACUUCUCCCAUCUUUCUGUUUUAGGUGUCAAUCCUUACCCUGGAAUACAAGUGGAUGCAAACUUCUACAAGCUAAUUCAAAGUGGCUUUAAAAUGGACUGUCCGUUUUAUGCUACAGAAGAAAUGUAAGCAUGGGGUAUAAAUACCGAGGGCUGGGGAGGGGCAGGAUUCUGCCCAGGCACAAUUUAGGGAUGCCAUGGUAAAUUUCACCCUUCCUACCUUCCCUGUGCUUCUAAUUUAUUAUUCUUCAGGACUACCAGCCACAUACUGGCUACUGAUAGAAACAGUUAAGUAGGCAUAAAUGCUGGUUAUGCAAGUUAAGGGAACAGAGGAGUCAAAAAACCUGACCUGUGUUGCACAUUCUGGGACACACACACACACACACUUCUCAGUCUGCUUUCCCUGUUUGUACCAUUGGUAUACAUGCGCUGAUAAUGCGGUGUGGACAUCAUUUCACCAUCAUUGCCCCUUGUGAAUUGCCCCUUUUUCCUGGCCCCAGCCGUGGUGCAGAGCUGCUUAGAACUUAAACCAACAUGUCUAGUUUCAGAGUGUUUUGGAUAAUGGAUGUGGGACUGAAGCCACAUGCCGUAUUUUUCGCCCUAUAGGACGCACCGGCCCAUAGGAGGCACCUAGUUUUUUGGGGGGAAAUAAAGGGAAAAAAUUAUUUCCCCCCCCCCCCAGCCACGGCUUCAGCGCGCCCCGCGCUCCGGGCAGCAGGCUGCUAUCCGCAGCCUACGGAGCCCUGCGGGAACUCCCGCAGGGCUCCCUAGGCUUACUGAUAGCUUCCUGAGUCAGAGCGACGCGCACCGCCUCUCGCUCUCCAAGCUUCAGCGAAAGCCUGCAUUCGCCCCAUAGGACGCACACAGAUUUCCCCUUCAUUUUUGGAGGGGAAAAAGUGCGUCCUAUAGGGCGAAAAAUACAGUAAAUGUUUGCAAGAUCUACUUGAGAGCAUUGCUUCAGAUGGGUGCCACGAGAUUCUCAAAUACUGUAUAUGAGACCGCCAAACAAGCUUAUUGAUAACAUGGUGAAGAUGUUAAAGCAGGCACAUUAACUUAAAAGUUUUCAUGCUUUGGGGUGUUGUCUUAACGAAGCGCCUUGAGUCUGAGCUGCAGGUGAAGUUCUUUUGAUCCUAGGAUCUUUUAAAAGCCCAGGCGUGCUUGUAUUUUGGGACACAUUCAUAUCCCAGUUGCCUGACUUUCCCAUAGAAAAUGCUUUGGGAAAUCAUUUCGUAUCCCCCCCUCUGGUUUUGUUGUUGUCUUUGCAGAUAUUUAAUGCUGUGUUCCUGCUGGGCUCUGGACUCCAGAAAAAGACCAUCCUUUUCACAGCUGCUUUCCCUCCUGGCCUGCCAGCUGGCUGAGGCAGAAGGAGCAGUAAGUAAGAUUUGCAAACAAGAACAUUUUUCUUCUCUUUUUUUCCCCUUUUGCUUUUUUUUUAGGGGGUGGUGGUUUAAAACCUAUUAAUAGCACCCAUGGCAAGGGACUGUGAAUGAUGUCCCCAGCUGCUCGCUCUAAUCUUCAGAAAGAACCGUCUGUUGUUUUCCCCCAGGGAGAUCUCCAGAAUGUCAUCAUGAUUCUGGCAUUCUUCUCAGCUGUUGAGAGAGAGUGUGUGUGUGUGUGUGCGCAGCAUUUUUGGCAAAUAUAUUAUUGAGUGUUUUCAGGAGAGCACUGCAGAAAUGUGAGACUCCUGCACAGGUGUGCGAAACCUCACCUCUUCGUCUAGCUUCCAGGCCUGUCUUUGGCCGUGCCUCCACCUCACUCACUCAACUUCUCAAUGUCCUACUUUUGAGUGUUUCUGCCUAUGAUUGUGCCUCUCACUUGUCUGCUUAGAGAGUCUGUGGUGUCUGGUGUCAGAGGUAGUUCUAAGGUGGCGCGACCAGUUCAGCUGCACUGGGUGCCGUGCUGCAGGGAGCACCACAACAAUGCUGUAGAACGGAACGUGAGAGGAGGGGAGGGCAAAUUUUAGUGUCUCACAGGGCACCGCUGAAAUGUGAGAGCCCAGAGUCCUCCACUGCUGCUAUCCGCUGGCACUGGAGGUACAGAAGCAGAGAGACCAGCAGCAGGUGGAGUCUGAGCCAGUGACAGCCCCAUUCACCCACCAACUGCUUGCAAGUGAGGAAGGCCAGUGGGGUUUGGCUGAGGGCCGGCUGAGGUUGUUGCAUAGGCCCUCAUGGAUCUGCUUCCACUGUGGAGGGUCUAGAACAGCCUUUCUCAACCUGUGGGUCCCCAGAUGUUGUUGAACUACAACUCCCAUCACCCCUAGUUAGCAAGGCCAGAGCUCAGGGAUGAUGGGAGUUGUAGUCCAACAACAUCUGUGGACCCACAGGUUGAGAACCGCUGGUCUAGAAACUGCUGGUUUUUCUGUGAUGGGAAUGUAGCCUAUAGAACAGGCUGUUGGGAUGCGUCCAAGGAAAUGGGGGCAAUUGGCAGGCCCCCAGCUGGCUCCAACCCAUAGGCCCGCAGCUGGGCGAUCUCCGGUCCUUGGAUCAGCAUGUAACUGCGACUCAAGCCUCAGAAACCUUCAGAAGCUGAGCACGCAAGCCAGCAGAGUAAACUCUUUGCAACAGAAGGGCAGAUAGAGGCUGUGUAAAGCGUAUUUACAGGCAUUUUAUUCAGCAUCAGGACAAAGGGAAGAACAUGUCUUCUCCCCUUCGUGUCCAAGCAAACAGCAUAAGCAAAAGCUAUACACACAACAGAAGUUCCCAGCAAGCUGUGCUGGAAUGUAAACAGACAUUUGACAUACAACAACUCCACAUAUCUGUUAAGGUGGAACGGAAUAUCGUAACACAGGCACCCCCAAAUUUGGCCCUCCAGCUGUUUUGGGACUACAACUCUCAUCAUCCCUAGCUAACAGGACCAGUGGUCAGGGAUGAUGGGAAUUGUAGUCCCAAAACAUCUGGAGGGCCAAGUUUGGGGAUGCCUGCUAUAGAACAAUGGUAAGAGUCACAUUUGUUGCUCCACCCACUUUUUACCUCUGGCUCCAACCACCACUGCUAUAUGGCCCCCAGAAGGUGGCCUGUGAGGGAAUGUGGCUCUCAGGCUGAAAAGGGUUUGCCAUCCUUGCACCAGCCCUCUUCAGCCAAACACAACUGGAAUCCCACACAGGAAGUUCAUGGGCAGACCAGCAUUCUCUUCAGGCAUGAGACUAACUCCUCUUUGUUGCUUGUACUAUUUUACCUACAUUUCAGUGAACUAAGUGGGAUUUGUAAACCACCGUGCAUACCAGAAAGUAUUGUGGAGUUGUAAUUACUGCUACUAUUUCUGUUACUACUGCUAAUAAUAAUAAUAACGGCAAUUCAUUAUUUGCUACCUCUUAUGUUCCCGUCCUAAAUUAUAGGCAUGUCCAACGGGGAAGAGUGGGAUUUCUGAACAUGUAACGAGCCCAAAGCCACAUAUCCCAGUUCACAUGGGAUAAGAGAAGCUGAACCACUUCAGUUUACCAUUCCUACUCUGGAUGCAGAUGCUGCAAGGGAGAAAUAAGACGGAUGCAUUAUUUUAUAUAAAAAGGCAUAUAAGCUGAAUGUUUUGAAAGAGAGGUUUUUUUGCCUUUGCUAAAGAGUCCAGAUUUGCUGCUCCUGCCCCUGAAUUUCUCAUGCUCAUUUCCAUGAUCCAACUUUUGCUUUUGGAAUGAAAUUUGCCUCCUCUUUCAGGAAUCUGGGUCAAGGCCGGAGCACACUUUUCACAAGCACUGUUUUGAACCAGGGGUUCUCUGGUGUGUCUGCAGCCUCCAGGCGCUGUGGUUAGGAAAUGAAACUCUUUCCUUUCACAAAUGUAACUGAAGUCAAACAUUCCCGUUGUUGUUUGGUUGUGCUUAGAGCAGAUGUAGAGAGUUGAAGUUCUUUGUCAUCAGAGCCUCCAGGAAUGAAUGUAUGUGGCAUUAUCUUAACACUUGCUGUGCUAAUAAUUCAAAAAAGCUUGGAUCGGGACAUUUAGACCCCUGCGCCACAUCAUAAGCAGCAUUGCUGUAGGUAGACUCUCUAAUAUAUGUCAGGGGUGGCCAACCUGGUUGGCACAUUUUGAUUUUUGGGUGAGUGCCAUGGGCUCUCCACCCCCUUUUUUGUGAGCAGGGGCUUCCUCUGUAAGGUCUUCACCUUAUUUCCAUCAUUGGGUAUUUGAAUUUCAUGUGAUCCAGAUGAAAUGAAGGCUUUCUUCAUAGACUUUGUGUGGCUUGGCAAAUUUAAUUCUCAUUGGUGUUGCUUACACCCAGGUUACAUGGUCAGAACAACUAUACCAUCUUAGGAAAUGGGAAAUCCAUGACAGAGGAGCUGCCAUAUCUAAGCCCUGCCAAGAUUGUGCAAACCACGGCGGAAGCUGGGCCGGUGGGUUGACAGUUUCCCCCUGGGUAAUUCUGGUUCUAGUCAGAGGGAAAUUCUCCAAGCCAGCACUGGCAUGGUUUUGUUGCCAUUCUGAGGCCUUGCCAGGGGAACGAGGGGACUCUGGAUCUGGUGGGUCCCAAGCUGCCCAAGCUCUGCCCCCAGUGUGGUGUAGUGGUUAAGAGCGGUAGUCUCGUAAUCUGGUGAACUGGGUUCGCUUCCCUGCUCCUCCACAUGCAGCUGCUGGGUGACCUUGGGCUAGUCACACUUCUCUGAAGUCUCUCAGCCCCACUCACCUCACAGAGUGUUUGUUGUGGGGGAGGAAGGGAAAGGAGAAUGUUAGCCGCUUUGAGACUCCUUUGGGUACUGAUAAAGCAGGAUAUCAAAUCCGAACUCUUCUUCCUCAGCUGUGUCAUCAAUGCACCAGCAGAGGAAAGUGGGCUCCCUCUCUGGCCCUGGACUUUUUACCCAUGGAGAGGGAGAUUAGCUGUAUCCUAUUGCCAGGGCUGGCCCACCCAUGUGGCAAGCUGAGGUCACCGCCUCAGGAGGCAGAAUCCACAGGGACAGCAGGUCCUGCUGUUGAAACUCCCCCCCUUGUUCCUGAUGUACAGCUUCCCUUUCUCCUUCUUCCCUGGUGGGGAAGGAGGCACCAUUUUGGAGCCCACCUCACAUCCCAAAAUGUAUUGGGCCAGCCCUGCCUGUUGCCCCUCUGGGAUAUCCUCUCAGAGACUUAAAACCAUGGGUAGGCAAACUAAGGCCCGGGGGCCGGAUCCGGCCCAAUCGCCUUCUAAAUCCGGCUCACGGGUGGUCCGGGAAUCAGCAUGUUUUUACAUGAGUAGAAUGUGUGCUUUUAUUUAAAAUGCAUCUCGGGGUUAUUUGUGGGGGAUAGGAAUUUGUUCUUCUUCUUUUUUUCAAAAUAUAGUCUGUACCCUGCCAUGGUCUGAGGGACAGUGGCCUGCCCCCCUGCUGAAAAAGUUUGCUGACCCCUGCUUAAAACCUUAAAGCACAGCUAGGAUGAUGGGAGUUGUAGUCCAGCAACAUCUGGAGGGCUGCUGGUUCCCCAUCUCUGACUUUUAAAGCUUUUCAAGAUUUUUCAAUCCUUAUUUUGACUUAGUAAUUUUAUUUGAUGUGUUGUUUUUGUUUUUGAUAUGCUGUAGCUUUGUAGCUAAAACUUCAGUUUUCAGAUAUGUUCCUGCUGCUUUAUGCUAGCACUGCCCUGACUAUUAAUUAUUAUUUCAUUUUUCUAUUUUGUGAGUUGUUGUUUUUUAUUGCACACCUUGUCUGGAAAGGCAGUAUCCAGUUUUUAAUAGAUAAAUGUACUUUAAAAUGUGCUGUUUAAUCAUCAGGUAGCCAUGCGUGCUGCUACUGAAUGAAAUGUCUGCUGAAAUAUUGAUACAGAUACUUGAUAUAUAUUUGAAAUAAAGAUGUAGGUGUUUUUUUGUUUUGGUCUGAGCUUUUGGUCUGAGCUUUUCAGUCAGUUUUGCCAUUUCAGCGACUUCAACAAAGAAUGGGAUUUUUUAAAAUAAUUUAUCUUGGAGACCACUGUAAGCAGAUGAAAAUAUUAGCAAUAACACUUGUAAUGUAGCAAGUACUAUGGAAACAAUGGAGUAAUAUAAAAUAUAGAUUAUGGGAAAAGAUCUAAUAAUAGGAUCAUGGAGGGGAGGUGGGAAGCCCAGAGAUUCGGAGGAAUCUGUAAAUGUGUAUGUGUAUGGUUGUAUUAUUAUUUUAUACUUGGAAAAUCAAAUAAAAAUUAUUUCC